AGUGGAGAGAUUUGAACCCUGGUCUCCCAGGUCCGACACUAGAUCCACUACAGCACACUGACUCUAUUAUUAACAUUAUCAUUUAUGAGACCACCAGCCUCAGGUUCUAGGACAGGUUAUAACAAUUAAAACACUAUGUUAAAAACGACUUGGAAUCACAUAAGAUGGGUCCUAAAAAUACACCUUUCAAUUGUUUAAAGCGCGGAGGGGAAUAAAGACCACAGCUCCUAUUAUCAUGUUUUUGUGUGUGUGUUGUGAGUGUCCGCAACCAAAGUAACACGAUUCAAACAGGAAAAACGGCCCUGCGGCACCUUAAAGACUAAGACACUCUCGAUUAUGUAUAACUUUUCCUAACACAGAAUCCACUACACUUCUGCUUUUCUGCAAGGGAUCUUAUUAGACACCUAUGUUUGGGGUCCUUCUCCUUCCAACAUACGCACGUGGGUGCUGGUGGGGUAAUGACUCAAGUGUGCAAAACUCUGGGAGUCUGUAUUGGGAGUUACUACUGCUGCUCCCCUAAAAGCCUGGUAUUAAAUCGAUUUCUGGGUCCCCUAACUCCCUGUCAGAAGUGCUUCGAUUCAAGCAGCCAUGGAAUGCGAUGAGGGGCUGUUCAUCAACGUCCGCCAGCCUCCUUCAGGUUUGCAGCCCCGCACUCAGCAGAGGACAGCCUCAAAGCCACAGCAUGGCAAGGCAAAAAAGGUAUGCUUGUUUGAGGUUGCUGGUGAGGGAGAAAGCGUUUUGGGGGAAAGGGGGCCGCCAGAGUGAACGGAGUUGGAGCAGCUCCUGUACCUACCUCAGUUGGGGCGUUUUAGUUUAGGUUGGGAGUCGAGUAAGGAUGUGGGUGAGAUGUUUAAAUAUAUAUAUAUGAUCAAGGAGCUGGAGGAACUCCCCUAGUAUUAGGAAAGGCUGCAACAUGUUUUAAUGGUUUUAUUAAUGUUUUACUGUGUUACAAAAGUACAUACAGUGUCUUUGAUUUAAAUUCGUAGAGUUGAAAGGCUGCAACAUUUGAGGCUAAUUUAUUUAAGGGAAAAGGCUGAGUAAGGGAGGACAUGGUAGAGGUGUAUACAAUUAUGCAUGGUGUGGAGAAUGGGUUUAUCUACCCUUCUCAUAAAACUAGAACGUGGGGUCAUCCAAAGUAGCAGAAAGGUGGGAGAUUCAGGGCAGACUGAAAGAAGGAUUUUUUCACACAGGGCACAAUUAAACUAUGGGAUUUGCUCCCACAAGUUGUACAGUGAUGGUGGUCAGGGCAGUGAUCUGGCCCUGGGGCACCAAUCUCAAUGGGGGGGGGUGCGCUCACAUUAUGACACUUGGUUUUUUGGGGAAUUUGAAAAGUUCCUCAGUAUGAAUUAGAUCAUCUUGGAGAGCCAUUGUAGUGUAGUGCUUUGAGGUGUUGGACUAGGACCUGAAAGACAAGGUUCAAAUCUCUUCUUCUAUGACUUGGGAGCCAGUCACUGCCUCUUGGCCUAACUAACCUACCUCACAGCAUUGUUGUGGGGAUUAAACAUGGAGGAAGAGAAUCAUGUACACCACCUUGGAGAAAAAAGAUAGGAUAUAAAUGCAGCAAAUAAAUUAUUUGCAUAUCUAAGCAAAUAAGAGACAUGAUUUUGUAAAAUAUGUACAAGUUUUGUUAACCGAUAUAGAACCAUAGGGUCAUAGAAUCAUAGUUGGGAGUUCAAGGGUCAUCUGGUCCAACAUCCUGCAGUGCAAGAUUUUGUUCUGUACAUAAUAUUAGCAGUCAUGUUGCUUGAAACUAAGGUUUUUUUUCAUCAAAAAUGAUUUCAUAUCACAGAAAAAGACUGGAAAAGAAUAUGCCAAAUUAAAAAUAUUUUGUUUGCAUAUGUCAUAAUCCUUUUGUGGCCAUGUUUAUUAUAACGUGGUGCCUGAAAAGCUAGAAGUAAUGUGGGGCUUUACUGUCCUCUGAUAGGUCCUGGCAAUGCCCCCAAACUAGGAGAGCUUUAAGUGGCAAUAACAUAAUUAAUAAAUUUCCCCUCUCCAUUAUACUGCUGAAAUAUAAUUAAGAUUUUUAGGGAGCGGGGGCAUGGAUUUUUAUGUGGCAGGAUUGUGAAGUUAGUUUAAGUUCCGGUACUUAAGACAAAUUCCUGAGCACCAAAUUAAUUUUAUGCCUUUUGUAUCAGGCUCUGGUUGGUGAAUUUCAGGGUUUGCGUAAAAAAGAAAAUGAAAAAGCCCUGCAGAAGUCUGCCCACCCUUGGUUUAAGUGAGCCAGAUUCAGUAUCUAUAACAACACAACAGUAGAAGAGCUGUGCUCAAUCAGGGUAGUCCAGCAUCCCAGUCUCACAGUGGCCUACCAAGACACCCCAAUGGGAAGCCUGCAAGCAGGGCCUGAGCACAAAAAGCAACACCAGGGGUCAGCAAACUUUUUCAGCAGGGGGCUGGUCCACUGUCCCUCAGACCUUGGGGGGGCAGACUAUAUUUUGGAAAAAAUAUAUGAAUUCCUAUGCCCCACAAAUAACCCAGAGAUGCAUUUUAAAUAAAAGGACACAUUCUACUCAUGUAAAAACAUGCUGAUUCCCAGACCAUCCGUGGGCCGGAUUUAGAAGGCGAAUGGUCCGGAUCCGGCCCCUGGCCCUUAGUUUGCCUACCCAUGAGCAACACUUUCCCUACUUGUGAUUCCUAGCAACUGGUAUUUGGAAGUAUAUUGCCUCAGACACUGGUUUGAACUUGUUGGUUUGCAACUAACCAUACUUUGCAUGAACCAUGGUUUGGCAGUCCAAAUGCCAUGACAAAUAUGGUUAAGCAAAAUCUUCUGAGUGCCAGGUCCCAGCCGCAUGGGAGGUGGGAACCACACAAGCCUAGGCUCAUUCCGACAUUUGUUGCUGAAUCUGUCCCCCUGUUCCAUCUUGUUUUUCUUCCUUAAGUCUGGGCAAAUAAAAUUUGAAUGCUCCCAGGAAGGGAAUCCACUAAAGCGGAAGCCAGCUCCACCUUCGCCCCAAACCAGGAGACUUCAAAAGAAAGCUAAAAGUGGCAUCAAAGAAGCAGGGUUGCCGAAGUUUCCUUCACAGAAGCCUUUAACUGAUGCAAAGGACAGUGACGCCAGCGGCAACAGACCUUUUGUUAAGACUUCCUGCCUCUUCAAAAACAACCCUGAAAUUCCAGACAUUCAGAGGUACUUAUUUUUAAUCCCGCUUUUCUGAUAAAAUGUGGGUAACCAAAGGGAGGGAAAACUUCAUGCCGAGGUGCAAAAUGUGGCCCUCCAGGCCUGUCUGUCUGGCCCUAGGAGUUUCAUGUAGACCACCCUCCCUAGCCACACCCUCUUUUCUUAGGCCACACCCUUAACUAGUCUUUCUUCACAGCCCCCUUUGAUGCUUUUGCCAGGCUUGAUUGUGAUAACUACUCUUGCUUGUCUGGAUAGAGAGGGAUGUGUGAGUGUGUUUAGAAGUAGCCUACAAAGGUUAACAAAACAACAACAAUAACAACAACAACAAGAAUAAUAAUAAUACAUGAAUUGCUCUGCCUACUUUUGCCUCUGACCCUGCCCUACCAAAGUGGCCCUUGCCAUUGUGGCCCUUGCCACAAAUGCAUAUGUUAGUCCCAGGUUUGGUGUACCUCUAGCACACUGGAAGCGCUCUCCCUUCUACAGAGUUGGAACCAUCCUUUCUAGCCAUGUUUCAAGGUUGCGACUUAAUAAAUUAAUUCCUUCUACAGAACAUCAGUGAAGCAAGUGCAGGAGAAAGUUUUCACUUCAGACUCCUUUGAUCAGCUGGGCCUCCAUCCCCAUUUGGUGGGUACUUUAUUUCUUUGUGCUAAGUCUCAGUAGGUGUAGGAGUAGUUAAUGAUAUUUAUUAAUGCCUUUCCUCAAAGAUCCAGUGCAACUUUACAAAAGUUCCUGUUCAGUUCCCAGCAUACAGCACUAAAGCAUUAUUUAUAAUGUCCGCAAUACUAUUUUGGUGUGCAGAGGGGCCAGCUGCCUCAUUUGGAAUUGUUGUUGUUGUGCUAAAUUAAAUUUUUAUACCACCCUGUAUCCAUAGCUGUCAACGUUUCCCUUUUUUAAAGGGAAAUUCCCUUAUAGGAUUCCUCGCAAGAAAAGGGAAAAGUUGACAACUGUGCCUGUAUCUGAAGAUCAAAGGUGGAUACUAUGUUUUAUCUGGUCCAGGGAUGGGGAAUCUGAAGUCCUCCAGAGGUUGCUGCGCUCCCACAAUCUCUGACCAUUGGCUCUGCUGACUGUGGCUGAAGGGAGUUGGAAUCCACUAAAUAUAUGAGGAGCCACAGAUUCCCCAGCUGUAUCACACUUUACCCUGUGGGGUGGGUUAGCUGGACCUUUCCCCUCCUCUGUUCCCCAGAAUUAGAUCAUUAUCAUCAUCGAAUUAGAAGGGACCUUGGAGAUCUACUCUAACUCUUUGCUUAAUGCAGGAUCGGAAUUGCAGGAUGCAGCAUCUACAGCAGAAGUGGGGAGCCUUUGUCCCAUGGGCCAAAUUUUCCCAUAUGUUACUCCUUUAGUACAAAGUGGCUUGCAUUGAAACUGCAGCUAAAACAAAAAGGGGUACUAAGCUCAUUUUUAACAAUGCCUUCUAUGAAAACUUUGGCAGGUAGAUGGGAUGCCGCUGCCCCCCGGCCCCCCGUCAAUCUUCUGAAGUUACUAGGGAUUUGGGGGGGCUGGAACUCACUGGAACUGAGUUCUGCCACCUCUUUGUAGCAUACUGGCUGCUGUGUCGGAGGUUUCAGGCUGCAUGCAGCUCAUCGCUUUGUGUCAGAGGCGCAUUGGUGUUGAUUGGGCAAAGAAGCAUUUUUUAGGCUCCCACCCACCUGCCAUAGUUGGCCCACAGAUGUGGAGGCAGUCAAAAUAUCUGGUCCUGUAGGCCUAAAAGUUUCCCUCUCCCUGGAGAGAUGGCCAUCCAGCUUUUGAUUAUAUAUAUCCAGCAAAUGAGAGCCCACAACCUCCUGAGGGAGUCUUUUCUUAAACAGCUAUUACACUCAGGGGUCAGCAAACUUUCAGCAGGGGACCAGUCCACUGUCCCUCAGACCUUGUGGGGGACCAGACUAUAUUUUGGAAAAAAUAUAUGAAUUCCUAUGCCCCCCAAAUAACCCAGAGAUGCAUUUUAAAUAAAAGGACACAUUCUACUCAUGUAAAAACACGCUGAUUCUUGUACAGUCCAUGGGCCAGAUUUAGAAGGCGAUUGGGUGAGAUCCGACGCCCGGGCCUUAGUUUGCCUACCCAUGCUUGAGAAGUUUUCCCCUAAUGUUGACUGUUCUCGUUAAAAUAUUUGUUGCUUUUUCUUCAUUCUCCUCUCUGUUUUAACAUUUUUGACAUGAUACUGGUUUGGCUAUUUCUGUCCUAUUCUAGGAUCAAACAUGUUAUGCCCUAAAUGUUUUGUCUCUGCCUCCCCACCAGGUUUCAACCCUAAUCUCUGUCUUAAAAAUAUCUAGCAUGACCAGGUAAGUGUGUGGGUGUGUAAUUAUUGCAUGAAUAGAAGUUUUUAUUGUAAGUUUCCUAGAGACUGCCCUUGGUUUGAUGACCUAACAAAUCAGUUAAUCAGAUUUAUUUUUGUUUGGAGAAAAGGCAGAUUGGAAGAGACAUGAUAAAUAUGUAAUUCUACAUGGUGUGGAGGAAGUGAAUCUUGUGAUACUAGAAGUCGGGGAUAUCCAGUGAAUGUUAGUUUUGGAUGGCUGGCAAACUCUUCUUAAGAUUUAGUCCCAAAGCCUGGGUACAGCACUGAGAAGGUCUUGUCCUAGGUCCCAACAGGGUGUGUUCCUGGGGAUGUUGGGACACACAGGAGGAGCUUGGAAAACGGUCUCAAUAGGCAGGCGCAUGGUCCUUUGGACAUCCCAGUUACAAACAAUAACGGCCUUUAGAAGUCAUCACCAGCACUUUGAGUUGGUGUAGGAAGCAAACAGGAAGCCAGUUUAGCUGUUUCCAUAAGGGAGUUGCAUGCUACCCAUUAACAGCUUAGUCACAGCAAUUGGGACCCUUUCUAAUUUCCAGACUGGAGGUUCCCACUGCUGCACCACAGUAUUUAAAGGUAGAGGUAAAGGGACCCUUGACCAUUAGGUCCAGUCGUGACCAACUCUGGGGUUGCGGCGCUCAUCUCACUUUUUUGGCCGAGGGACAGCUUCUGGGUCAUGUGGCCAGCAUGACUAAGCCACUUCUGGCGAACCAGAGCAGUGCACGGAAACGCCAUUUACCUUCCCGCCAGAGCAGUACCUAUUUAACAACUUGCACUUUGACGUGCUUUCGAACUGCUAGGUUGGCAGGAGCAGGGACAGGGCAAUGGGAGCUCACACCGUUGUGGGGAUUCAAACGGCCGACCUUCUGAUCGGCAAGUCCUAGGCUCUGUGGUUUAACCCACAGUGCCACCCGUGUCCCUCAACCACAGUAUUUAGUUAACCUAUUAUUAUUUUAACAGAUGUUAGUUACUUAACCAACUAUUAUGUAUUGUGGGGGGUUAGACUAGAUCAGGCACAGGCAAACUGAGCCCUCCAGAUGUUUUGGGACUACAACUCCCAUCAUCCUUAGCUAACAGGACCAGUGGUCAGGGAUGAUGGGAAUUGUAGUCUCAAAACAUCUGGAGGGCCGAGUUUGCCUAUGCCUGGACUAGAUGCAUUUUGUGGUCCCUUACAGCUCUACAGUUCUAGGAUUUUAUUAUUUAACUAUUAACUGACAAUUACUUGACAGAGUGACUAUUAUCUCAUUGACUAUUAUCUAACUAUUAAUUAGCUAUCAUCUAACAGAUUGAACCAGCAUCUUUCUAGCUUACACUAAUGACCAGCCAGCACUGUUAGGUGAACUAGCAACUGUUACAUUCUUAAUACUUUGACCUAAAAUAGAACGUGUCUUGUUUUUUCUUAACUUCUCCUUUUGUUGCAAAAGUGUUCAGAAGCAAACUAUUCCCAUACUAUUGCAAGGAAAAGAUGCGCUGGUGAGAUCGCAGACUGGUUCUGGUAAGUGUGGGGGAGGGGUUGUGUGUGUGUAUGUAGGCUGCUUGUUUGGGCUUUGCUUUAAAAGGGGGCCUACAAAUAAUUUUAAAUACAGUCAUACCUCGGGUUACAGCCGCUUUAGGUUGCGUUUUUUCGGGUUGUGGACUGCCGAAACCCGGAAGUACUGGAAUGGGUUACUUCCGGGUUUCGGAAGUCGCACAUGUACAGAAGCACUAAAUUGCGCUUUGCGCAUGCGCAGAAGCACCGAAUCGCAACCCGCGCAUGGGCAGACGCGGGUUGCGAACGCUGUGGGUUGCGAACGUGCAUCCCACGCUGAUCACGUUCGCAACUCGAGCAUCCACUGUAUAGUAUAAAGGAGUAGUAGGUGACCUUUGACCCUCCAGAUGCUAGGCAGGGACUAUUAGAGUUGUCUUUCAGCAACACAUGGAGGGGUCAAAGAUUCCCUGCACCUGGUGUAAAGUGACCCUUUGGUUGUACUGCAUUAUGUGAUGGUCAGUUGUGUGGGCACUCUGUUGUCUCAGGGAUCUGACAGAAGUAGGGCAGUUGAUUGAUUCUGGCCCACCAUGGAGAAAGAACAGUGGUGAUGUCAUUAGCAAGCAAGCUCUGUGCUAGAUUUGGGAAGCCACCUUUGAUAUGGCGUGUCAAUGGCUAAAUGUCUGGUGCAGGGACAGGGAACUUGCUGCUCCUGUCAGUUCUAGCCAGCAUGGCCAGGGGGAGAUGGAAGCUAGAGUCCAACAGCAUCAUAGUUCUGUUGAGUCAAUCCCAAUAUGUUCCCACUCAACCACUUCAAUCACUGGAACUGGCAAUGUUACAGGUGCCACAAAAUACUUGUUCUGCACUUGUAAGGAAUCAAUCUUGUUGUGUGGUGGCACCUCCUGAGAGAUAGAUGGAUGCAAAAGAUGGAAGAAUGCCUCUUAUUUAGAAAAGACAUUCCUCUCUUGAGAGAUAGAUGAAUGCAAAUGGUGGAAGAAUUCCUCUUAUUUAGAAGAGACAUUCCCGAGACAGAGAGAAACGGGGGGAGGCUGUGGAACCUGUUUCCCUCUAUGCAUUGUUGGACUCCCAACUCCCAUCAGCCCCAGCCAGGAUGGCCAACAGACUGAGGAUGAUGGGAACUGUAGUCUGGCAACAUCCAGAGGGUUCCCCACUCCUAAUCUGAAGAAUGAGGAGAUAUGUGAAAUUGGUCUUUUAUAAAGGCCUAUGCUCUGGGUGAAAGGGACGCGGGUGGCGCUGUGGGUAAAACCUCAGCGCCUAGGACUUGCCGAUCACAUGGUUGGCGGUUCGAAUCCCCGCGGUGGGGUGCACUCCCGUCGUUCGGUCCCAGCGCCUGCCAACCUAGCAGUUCGAAAGCACCUCCGGGUGCAAGCAGAUAAAUAGGGACCGCUUACCAGCGGGAAGGUAAACAGCGUUCCGUGUGCUGCGCUGGCUCGCCAGAUGCAGCUUGUCACGCUGGCCACGUGACCCGGAAGUGUCUGCGGACAGCGCUGGCUCUCAACCUAUAGAGUGAGAUGAGCGCACAACCCUAGAGUCUGGCAAGACUGGCCCGUAAAGGCAGGGGUACCUUUACCUUACCUAUGCUCUGGAUGUAGAAGGCAACUGUGCCUUACUCCACACACAGUUUUGCUUAUGACUGUUAAAAUCUAAUAUCUUUUCUCUCGAAGGUAAAACUCUGGCCUACGGAAUCCCUCUAGUACAGGCCUUGCAAAGAGCAGAGCCAAAAAUAAAGGUGAGUGUGUUGAAAUGGGCUUUCUCUCUCUCCACCUUGUAAAAAAGAAUAGCCAGUUUUCUCAACCACUUCAUAUUUAUCAGUAAUUCUCACAACAACCUUGGAUGAUGUCUUUAAGGCGGAGAGCAUUCCCCGCCCCCCCCCCCCGACCAAGGACUGCUGUUCUUGCGCCUUUCACUUAUGGGAGGAUGCUUGCUGUUUUAAAAAUGACUAUGAAGGUUGAGUUCGUUGGCAUGACUUGUGGCUCCCUCAGAGAUUUUCUGAUAGUCCCUUGAAAAGCUCUUCUGGAAGCACAAUGUGAGAAAAGAGAGAGAUCCAAGCAGACUCUGGCACUGCGGGGAAUUGUGGCACGCUGGGUUGGUCGAAGAUGACAAGGGCUCUUUCCCUUCUCUCUCGCGUUCCUCUGUGUCCAAUGUUGCCACUUACCCUACGCCUCUUGUUUCCAUAGCGUGGUGAUGGUCCGUAUGCUCUCGUACUGGUCCCAACCAGGGAGGUAAGUUGCUGGGCAUUUGAGGUUAACUCCCAACCACACCGGUUUCAUGGUUAGUAAUGUUGCUAGGGGAGCAGCAGGCAGCCUUCAACCUAAUUGCUUGUGGGUAACAAGAAGAGAGGCACAGAGAGAGGGAAGGGGUGGUUGAAAGGGGGGAAGGAGGGAGAGAGAAGGGGUGGUGAGGAGAAGGGGAGGGGAGAGAAAGAAGGGGUGGUAGAGAGUGCUUGCUCUGAAUGCAGAAGAUCUCAGGUUCCAUACCCAACAGGUCCUGGUAGGACUGGGAAGGAUUCCCUGCCUGAAACCCUGAGGAGCUGCUGCCAGCCAGUGUAGACAGUGUUGAGCUAGCUGGACCCACUAGCCUGACUGGGUAUACCACUGGAAGGAGUGCAGAAAGCAGAAAUGCCAUGGUGCAUCUGCACUAGUGAAACCGGAUACCUUCAGCGGCCCCACCUGCAAUAAAACAUGUCUCUCUCAUAUUGGCCUCUACAGCCAUAGCAGACGCCAUAACUCUCCAAUGGUUUGACUUUACCCCCUAUGGCACAUUCUUCCACUGUCUCUUGAGACAGACAAAUGCAAACCACAACAAUAGCAAGAGAGCCGAUGGCUUUCAACCAUUUUGAGUCCACGGCUGCCUUGACCAACUCCAUUCCUUCUGUGGCCCCCUGUGCGGGUCAGGAGCCCAGUUAUGUCACCCCUUGCGUUCAGAGCUGUCGGCCUCUCACUCUUUUUCAAACACCCUCCUUUGUGGAGUGUUCCCUCAGCCUCUUUUCUUCUCUAUUCUCGGGAGUCCUCCGGGCAGCUACUGUUACCGCCCUUGAUCUCUGAGCUCCCCACCCCCUCUACCCCAAGGAGAGGUACCUCCUCACACUACCCCACAACGGCCUGGGAAGAGGAUGCUCACAGCCUUAGUGGCCCAUCAGAGAUUGACCAAAGGUUAACAUGGGGCCAGCACCUUACCUUGGGUGGCAGCAAUGGGUGCUGCUGGGCCUGGCGGAAAGGCUCCCUUUCAGCACCAGGCACUCAGCUCCCAGGCAGGCCAUGCACACAGCAAGAACAAUAAAGGCCAGCGCAGCACCUGCCUGCCUGCUUGCCCGGCCUCCCACUUGUCUCUUCAUUCCCAACAGCAAGGCUAGUGGCUGGCUGGGUUCCCUCACCCGCUUGCUUACUCUGAGGCCGCUUCAGCUCCUGGCAACCAGCACCCCCUGGCCAGCCCCAGAGGCACCAUUGACUUAGGGAGCUUGUAGCCAGGGCUGCUGCAACAAACAACUGUGCAAGGCAGAGAUGAGAGGGCAUCGAGGAAGGGAAGGAAAGAGGGUCAGAGGCCAGUGUUGCUCAUGACACCCCUGAGCAUCAUUCAAGGCACUCCAGGGUGCCACAGCACGCUGGUUGAAAACCACUGGUUUAUGCCAAAGGAGAAUGGUGUUUUAAUGCAAAUUUUGUGUGAAUGUGUAUUAAUUUGGUUUAAUCCCUUCUUUUCUCCAGCUAGCUCUGCAGAGCUUUGAAACUGUCCAGAAACUGUUAAAGGUAAAGAUUUACUUUUGGGGAAGUAGGAGUCAUUUUAAGUUCUGUGUUGUUCAACUUUUGAUUUCCUGAUGUUGUUGGACUGUAACUCCCAUCAUCUCCAGCCAGCUUAGCCCAAUAUUUAGGGAUGAUGGAAGUUGUGGUCCACAGGUGUCAUGAGACCCAUGGUUGAAGAUACUGUUUAGAGAAGGAGAUACGAGAUAAUUAGAGAGAAACUUGGGGUGCAGAGAGGUAGCCAGAGGUUCCUCAAUCUUCUUCAGCUUUCCCCAUCUGUCUUGGGAUGGGGGAUUCUGAAUGGUCAAAUUCAGCAUACAUUGGCCAUGCUUGCCCAACAGAAUGUAAAGUUUAGCAAUGGUUCUGAUACUGUACAGCCUUUGUAUAGCACUGUAUUAACGUAUACGAUAAUGGGUGCAUGUGUCUCUCUGUACCUACAAUAGUUCCCUGGUCACUUGGAGACAAAUGCAUGCUUGCCGUAGGUGAUCAGCUGUGCUGUUUAGGGGUGAGGGGUGCAUGUUCAUGUAACAUUAAGCCAUUGUUUAGCAUUACUUCCUUACAAGACCAACGUCAUGGACAAAGAUGGGAUCCUGUCUGCAUUGACUUAAAUAAUGGUGGCUGGUGCCCAUUGGGACUAGUGGGAAAGAAGGCAGGGACCCCAUUCUAGUUUUGAUCCCAUCCUUCUCCCUGCUAAGUUCUGAAAGGGCAAAACUAAGACCCAGGAGGAGGAAGCUGACAGGCUAGAUGAAAAUAAGAAGGCUGGCAGUGAGGGCUGGCAGGAGGAAGAUUGCAGAGGUGGGGCUUGAAUUAGUUUGCUCUGCCUGUCUUAGGCUCUGUCUCUGCCUACAGUUGGUCUCCCUGCCUUCCACCCUACCAUUCCCAUCAGCCACCAUUGCCUGGCUCUUUACGUCUCUGUGUGUACUGGCCAUUCCUCCUGAUAGAAAGGAGAACAUGUUAGAUCAGUGACAUACAGAGAUGCAGCAGAGACACUCCAUUGUGGAUAAGUGCCUUGUGCUUAUGUUAUUCUACAAGGGGCAACACUAGAGGCAGAAGCUGACAGCCAGGGCCACCACCCCUGGACGGGUUGUAAGGGAGAAGACAAGCAGGGGUGGACUGUCUGGGAGCAGACUGAGGUUAGUGAGGCAUUGCCCCAUUCAUCCUAAUGGGCCAGUCUCCACUGCUUUGAAAUAACCCCUGAGGAUUCUGGAGCACGUUCUAGGGCACCCACUUGAUUCACAUCACAUCCUGGCCUGUGCCCCUUCUAUCUUAAGCUGUGUGAACUGAGGGGGCUUGCUAAAACAUAUCCAGCUCUCCCCUAAGCUUUGCGGAUGGCAUGUGGAUCAUAUAUAGAGAGCAAGUGGGGUGGGAGGUGUUUGACCCUCCAGAUGUUCCUGUACUACAGCCCCCAUUAUCUUUGGCCAGGCUUGCUGGGGCUGAUGGGAGUUGUAGUUCAGCAGCAGCAGGAGGGCCAAAGGUUCCCCACACCUGAUAAUAGAGUCAAAAGGAACUUCAGAGAUCACGUGGUCUCCUGGUCAAUGCAGGAAUCAGUGCAAGAAGACCACUAGGGUGUUGCUGGACUGUUUUUGUUUUCGAAGGAAAGCCUUUCUGCUUCCUGUCGCUCAUUGUCGAACUCCCUGCCUUUGCAAAUUGGUUUGAAAUGUGAGUGCCCCACUUUCUCAGUUAUCCACCACUCUUCCUUCCUUCCCCCUCCUCCAUUUAGCCCUUUACCUGGAUUGUUCCUGGCGUGUUGAUGGGAGGAGAGAAGAAAAAGUCUGAGAAAGCCAGGUAGGACAUCACUUUCAUAAAACCUGUAGGGGUUAUUUUUUUUUUUAGUUCACUCUUUCUCCUCCAGUCCCUUUCAUCUGUCACUCUCUCUCUCCCAGGGUGCCUUUUUUUUAUUAGUGGGGAGAGAGUGACUUUGGAUCAGGCUGUGAGUACCCCCCACUGUGGAUCUUACAAAAAACGGACAGCUGAGCCAGCAGGAAGUGUGUUCAUCUUUCUCUCUCUGGUUGUAAAAUGUUGAUGAGCUUCUUUAGCCUGUGAUCCCUGUCGGUGUGUGUAAGAUUCUUUCUCUACUCUUCUCCGCUCCCCUCACCCCCCAAAAGAUCUGCUGUUCCACCCAGGUCUCUUGCAAGCUCUUCUGUUUGCUCAACUGAUGGGACAGGGAAGGACCAUAGCUCAGUGGCAGAGAAUCUGUUUGGCAUGCAGAAGGCCCUUUGUUCGGUCUGCAGGUUGGACUGGGAAUGUUCUCAGUGUCUGAUACUGAGCUAGAUGAACCCAAUUGUCUGACUCGAUAUAAGGCAACUUCUUAAGACAAGAACUGGGAUCUUGGAAGUUAUUUUUUAGAGGAAAGGACUGUGGCUCAGUGGUGGAGCAUCUGUUUUCCAUACAGGAAGUCCCCCGUUCAAUCCCUAGCAUCUCCAGGUAUGGUUGGGAAUGUGCCCUGCCUGAAACCCUAGAUGAUGCUCAGCUAGAAGGACCAAUGGCCUGACUAGGUAGGUAUAACACAGCUUCCUAUUUGUUUGGAACCAUGUCAUGCUUUUUAAAGAGGGAAUCCUAGAAUCAUAGAGUUGGAAGAGACCACAAGGGCCAUCGAGUCCAACCCCCUGCCAAGCAGGAAACACCAUCAGAGCACUCCUGACAUAUGGUUGUCAAGCCUCUGCUUAAAGACCUCCAAAGAAGGGAGACUCCACCACACUCCUUGGCAGCAAAUUCCACUGUCAAACAGCUCUUACUGUCAGGAAGUUCUUCCUAAUGUAUAGGUGGAAUCUUCUUUCUUGUAGUUUGGAUCCAUUGCUCCGUGUCCGCUUCUCUGGAGCAGCAGAAAACAACCCUUCUCCCUCCUCUAUGUAACAUCCUUUUAUAUAUUUGAACAUGGCUAUCAUAUCACCCCUUAACCUCCUCUCCUCCAGGCUAAACAUGCCCAGCUCCCUUAGCCGUUCCUCAUAAGGCAUCAUUUCCAGGCCUUUGACCAUUUUGGUUGCCCUCCUCUGGACACGUUCCAGUUUGUCAGUGUCCUUCUUGAACUGUGGUGCCCAGAACUGGACACAGUACUCCAGGUGAGGUCUGACCAGAGCAGAAUACAGUGGCACUAUUACUUCCCUUGAUCUAGAUGCUAUACUCCUAUUGAUGCAGCCCAGAAUUGCAUUGGCUUUUUUAGCUGCUGCAUCACACUGUUGGCUCAUGUCAAGUUUGUGGUCAACCAAGACUCCUAGAUCCUUUUCACAUGUACUGCUCUCAAGCCAGGUGUCACCCAUCUUGUAUUUGUGUCUCUCAUUUUUUUGCCCAAGUGCAAUACUUUACAUUUCUCCCUGUUAAAAUUCAUCUUGUUUGUUUUUGCCCAGUUCUCUAAUCCGUCAAGGUCGUUUUGAAGUGUGAUCCUGUCCUCUGGGGUGUUAGCCACCCCUCCCAGUUUGGUGUCAUCUGCAAAUUUGAUCAGGAUGCCCUUGAGUCCAUCAUCCAAGUCGUUGAUAAAGAUGUUGAAUAAGACCGGGCCCAAGACAGAACCCUGUGGCACCCCACUAGUCACUCUUCUUGGGAAGGACUGCACCAACAGUGCUAGAGCAUCUGUUUGCAUGCAGAAGGUCCCAUGGUUCAAUCCAGAUGGGUUUGGGGAUGACCCCUGCUUGAAACUUUUGAGAACUGCUGCCAAUCAACGAAGACAAUACUGUGCUUGAACCAAUGAUUUGACCUCUGUAUAAGGCAGCUUCCUAUGUUGCCAUUUUGCAGUAAGAAAGUGUGUGUCUUUCUUAAGAGUCAGAAAAGGGCAGCUUAGAUUAUCUGUCUGGAACUACCUUGGGGUUCCACUCCCAUUGGGCCCUUCAAGCAUGACUAAUGGUCAAGGAUGACAGGAGCUCUUGCACAGCAACAUCCAGAGGAUCACCAUAUUGGGGAUAUAUAAUAAUAAUAAUAAUUUAUUAUUUAUACCCCGCCCAUCUGGCUGGGCUUCCCCAGCCACUCUGGGCGGCUUCCCAAAAAAUAUUAAAAUACUGUAAUACAUUAAACAUUAGAAGCUUCCCUAAACAGGGCUGCCUUCAGAUGUCUUCUAAAAAUCUGGUAGUUGUUGUUCUCUUUGACAUCUGGUGGGAGGGCGUUCCACAGGGAGGGCGCCACUACCAAGAAGGCCCUCUGCCUGGUUCCCUGUAACUUGGCUUCUCGCAGUGAGGGAACCGCCAGAAGGCCCUCAGUGCUGGACCUCAGUGUCCGGGUGGAAUGAUGGGGGUGGAGACGCUCCUUCAGAUAUACUGGACCGAGGCCGUUUAGGGCUUUAAAGGUCAGCACCAACACUUUGAAUUGUGCUCGGAAACGUACUGGGAGCCAAUGUAGGUCUUUCAAGACCGGUGUUAUAUGGUCUCAGCGGCCGCUCCCAAUCACCAGUCUAGCUGCCGCAUUCUGGAUUAGUUGUAGUUUCUGGGUCACCUUCAAAGGUAGCCCCAUGUAGAGCGCAUUGGAGUAGUCCAAGCGGGUGAUAACCAGAGCAUGCACCACUCUGGCGAGGCAGUCCGCAGGCAGAUAGGGUCUCAGCCUGCCUUAGAUCUUCUGGGGAAUCCUUGCCUUAGAUCUUCUGGGGAAAUUCUGCUUGUGCAGAAGUCUAUGAAUAUCACAGGGCGCUAAACAAGAAGCAGUCACCCCUGUACAGACACCCUUCCCUCUGCCAUUUGUGAAGCAACAGCCAUGAGCUGCUUCUUGUGAAGACUAAUCUUUUUCCCGACCCGUAAGAUUGGACCCCUUUAAAGUUUAUCUUGAGUUCCUUAUUUUUAAAUUUGUUUUUACAUGCUUUCAUGCAACUGUUUUACUGAUUUAUGUCAAUUUUUUCUUUCAACCAUGAUGUUUGCUAUCUUUAUGCUGUGUUCUACUUUUCGGGUGGGGAGUUCCCAUGUUUGGAAAAUGGGCAAGUUACCUGUUCUGGAUGGGGUUGUGCUCCCUCUGAAGGACUAAGUUCAUGGUUUGGACAGGGGUAGCCUCACUGCUAUAGUCCAUGCACCAGGAACCUUGAACCUAGAUUACUGUAAUGCGUUCUAUGUGGGGUUGCUCUUGGAUCUGAUUCGGUAGCUUCAUCUGCUGCUGAAUGCUGCAGCCACAUUGCUGAUGGGAGUUCUGGGUCAAGAACAUGUGACACUAGUAUUAAAAAAGCUGCACGGGCUGCCUACCUGCUGCUGAGCCAGGAUCAAGGUUCCUAUUUUGAUUUACAAAGUCCUGAACAACUGGGGUCCAGGAUACCUCAAGGAUUCUGGUUUGGAAGCAGAACUGAGGCUGGCUUGGCUCACCUGUGAUACGAAAACCAUGAACCUUGGCAAACAAAGAGGUUCAUUGUGUUGUAUGUGUCAGGAUUAGAGAUCACAAAGGGAGGAGCUUAUGAACGAGGUGUGAUCUUUUGUUAACAGUUAGCCUGUUUUACACAUGUGUUCAAUCACUCUUCUUCUAUUUAUUUAUUUUUUUUAAUUUAAAAUAGAUUACGCAAAGGAAUAAACAUCCUAAUUGCCACUCCUGGCCGCCUGGUGGACCAUAUCAACUCCACCAAAUGCAUUCACUUCCGCCACAUCCAGUGGCUGAUCCUGGAUGAGGCAGACAGGUAAGCAGUCCUGGCUGCAUCCUCAGUUGUUGGAAGUAGCUGCCCAUGAGGGAGGUGGGAUCUUUGAGACAACACACAGCAGGUAAGAACAUUGGAAGCUGCCUUAUAUGGAGUCUGUCUAGCUCAGCACUGUCUACACUGACUGGGGGUGGCUCUCCAGGGUUUCCCCCCAGCCCUUCCUGGCAGGAGAUGGAAGGGACCAAGCCUGGAGCCUUCUGAGGAUGCUCUGCUACUGAGCUCCCGUAAUGCCAGGUUGCCACCAUGAACCAGGAAAGUUGGAUGUGUUGCUUAUCCUCGUGCUGUUCCUUUCCCCCCCUUAUCUCUCACCUGUGUUUCAGGAUCCUGGAUCUGGGUUUUGAGAAGGCAGUCACUGCGAUACUGAAUGCCAUAAAUGCUGACAGUGAGAAGCGGCAAAACGUUCUUUUGUCGGCAACGCUUACAGAAGGUAUGCGCUACAUUGGUGCUCAUAUUUUCAUUGCAGCAGCCACUGUGGGAGGAGGGGCAGAUGGGGAGGUUGACCAGAAAGUCAUUGGUUGCAGGGAACUUCUUCCCCCACCCCUACCUGCACCCACGCAAGAGACCUGAGAGGGCUCCCAGCAGCUCUGGCAGGGGUGAGGGAACCUUUUUCACCCUGAGGACUGAAUUCCUUUCUGGGCAGCUUUCUAGGGGCGACAUGCCAGUGGUGGGUGGAGCCAGAGGCAAAGUGUGGGCUGAGCGCAAAUGUAAAUUUUACCUUUUUAGAACACACUAGUUUCUACACACACACACACACAUGACCAGAGUUUAAGGAUACAUCCCAGCCAGGCUAAAGCACUCAAGAAGGGUAUGGAGCAGAGCCAGUGAAGGCUGUGGUCUGGGGAGAGUUCCAAGGGCCAGACAGAGGCCUAGAGGGCCACAUUUGUUCCUGGCCCUGAGGUUCCCCACCCCUGAGAUACAGUUUUCAACCAGUAUCUCAUUAAUAUUUGUAAGCUCUUCUGGGAGCCAUUUCAUGUUGAAGAACAGGAUAAAGAAAGAGUGAUACUAAAUAAAUAUUCCUCCCCUGCCUGAAACAGGAGUCUCGAGGUUAGCUGACAUCAGCUUGCAUGAUCCUGUUUACAUUUCCAUUGCGGAAGGAUCACUGGGGUCAAACACUUCCAAGGCAGAAGCGUGUGCUAAGGAGGAUGGCGGUGUCUCUGCAGUGAGCCUGGAAGAAAGAGGAUUUGCUGUACCAGAAAACCUCCAGCAGAAUGUUGUGGUUGUCCCUAGCAAGCUAAGGCUUGUGACGCUGGCAGCAUUUAUCCUUGGGAAGUUGAAGGUGAGGUUCUAGUUCUGUUGGCUGACAGGUUAAUGGGUGGACCUUCCCCAUGUCUUUUCCUACAGUAGACUUAACAUGACCCCUCAAGGGUUUAUUGUUUAGAAUGUAAUAACAUAAGAAGUGACUGAUGGAUCAGGCCAGUGACCCAUCUAGUCCAGCAUUCUGUUCUCACAGUGGACAAAAAUCAGGUGCCCCCAAUGAGAAAAACCUCAGAUCAGGACCCAAGCGCAAGAGCAGUCUCCCAUCCUGUGGCUUCCAUCGACCAGUAUCCAAAAUCGUUACUGCCUCUGACCAUGGAGGCCAAACAUACGUAGUCAUUGUGAUUCGUAGCCACCAGUAAUAACCUUGUCCUCCAUAAAUUUGUCUCCUCCUCUUUGAAAACUACCCCAGGUGGCCAUUGUUACAUCUUGUGAGAGCAAACUCCAUAAUUAGAGCACUGUGCAAAGCAGUCCUUUCUUUUGUCUGCCCUGAAUCUCCCAACAUCAAUUUCAUUGGAUGUCCUUGAAUUUUAGUAUUACAGUGGUACCUCAGGUUCCAGAUGCUUCAGGUUACAGACUCCGCUAACCCAGAAAUAAUACCUCGGGUUAAGAACUUUGCGGAAGGCCCCCUUAGCUAAAGUGGUACCUCAGGUUAAGAACAGUUUCAGGUUAAGAACGGACCUCCGGAACGAAUUAAGUUAUUAACCUGAGGUACCACUGUGUGUGGGUGUGUCUUUUUCCACUUCACUUCAAUCCAGCUUGGAUCAGCCCUGUGGCCCAUCUAGUCCAGCAUCCUGUUCUCACAGUGACCAUCCAGAUACCCAUUAUGGGAAGCCCACAAGGAGGACCUGAAUUCAACAGCAACUCUCCCCUCCUGCAGUUCCCUGCAGUUGGUAUUUAGAGGCCUACUAGUAGCCACCAAUAGCUUUAUCUUCUGUUAAUUUCCCCCCACCCUCCUGUGGAAUUCCACAGUACACUCAGCCCUUGAUUUGUGUCUGUUCUUAUUCCCACAGUUUGAAAAAUGCAACAAGAUGAUUGUCUUCUUCUCCAGCUGUGAGCAGGUGGAGUUUCACCACACCCUCUUCCACAAAGUCUUAGCUGCGGACCUUGAGCAGCCGUGGCUUCCUCCUUCGCCCUUGACGUUCGCACGCUUGCAUGGUGACAUGAAGCAAGAGGUGAACUGCCCACUCUCCCAACACCCCUAUUCAGGAGCCGGCCAAAAUUGGCUGAAGGUUUUCAAAGGCAAUCAGGAAUCCUGCUUCUUCCACGUGCCAUUUUUGGGAAAUCGUUCUUUAAAAAGAAAUGAGGCUUAGUCCUAGUCAGAGUAAACUAACGGAUAGCCAUGACUAAAUUAGGUCUAUUCUUUCAGUGGGUCUAUUCCCAGAUACUAUCCACAGCCUAAUAGUGAGUAACUGGUCUACCUAGCUUCAGUAUUGACUGACUGGCAGCAACUCUCCAGGAUUUCAUACAGGGCACAUUUCCCAGCCCUACCUGAUGGUCCCUUGGGACUCUCUGCAUGCAAAGCAGCUGCUCUGCCACUGAGCUGUGCUGCUUCUUGUGUGUGAGAGAAGGAGGAAAUGUGAGAGCUGUUGGGUACUGGUUAGAGAGCCAAGCUAGGGCUAAGGAGACUCUGGGGUUCAAAUCCUCACUCAUCUAUGAAGUUGUCAUUGGACAACUUUGGUUUUUGAAAGGACUUGGGGGGCCUCAGUGGGAUGCCUAAACAGGAAAAGGCUCUGUCACAUUUCCAAGUUGUGUUGCAACUGCUACACCUUGAGAAAUAAAGAAGCUGCAGUUAUGUCCUCGUCUUCUCCUUCCCCGUGGCACCUGGAAAUGUGCUUUUCUUGCCCUUGGAAUUCCUCACCUCUCUCCAACCCGAGAGAGGCAGAGUGGGCUUCACCUAGCCUGAUGCAAACCCCAGCUGUUAAGACAACCAACAUACCAUUCCAAAGCCAGCAGCAGAGGGCAGAUCCUGUCUUUUAGGGCCCAAUGUGCAAUUAGCCCUCUGUAUCUUCAAAUUAAGGGCAUUAAUGGAGCUAAAUUGUGCCUUCCAUACAGCACUGCUGGGCACAUCACUACAAGUUCCUUUGCUUGGGGUUUGAGGGCAGCUUGGCCUAGUUGUUUUCUUUGGCGCACACUGGUGCAUCUAGUUCUAUCCUCUUCCUUGCCUGUUCUGCUCUCCUUAAUUAUCAGCCCCCAUCCCAGCUGACAGAGUUUAUUUAUUUUUAAAACCUCUGCACUUUAGGUGCAAAAGUGCCUUUAAUAUGAUAUGCAGAUUUAGCUCUUAGGAAAUUGCCUUAUAAUAUAUUGAGUGACACCAUUGGUCUGUCAAGGCUUUAUUGUUACUGCCAAUGGACAGCAUUAAGUAAACAAGAACAGGUGAGGUCUCUGCAGACUGGAGGUAGCCAAAUGUUCCCAUCUUAAAAAAAAGGGAGGGGGAGAGAAGACCCAGGUACCUACUGACUUUUGAACUUGACAUCAAUACCAGGAAAGGUCCUAGAACAGUCGGUCUGUGAGCACUUAGAAAAGGAUAUUGUGAAUACUAAGACCCAGCGCAGAUUUCUCAAAAACAAGUUACGCCAGACAAAUCUUAUUUCUUUUUUUGAUGGAGUUACCAGCUUGGUGGAAUUCUGUGGACAUAGUAUAUCUUGAUUUCAGUAAGGCUUUUGAUAAAAUCCCCCAUGAUAUUCCUGCAAAGAAGGUGGUAAGAUGUGAGUUGAAUGAGGUAACUUGUUAGGUGGAUUUGUAGCCAGAGCCCAUACUAGCCCUUGAAGGCUAGUGUGACAGUAAAUUAGUUAAUUUAAAAUCUACCAGUCACUAUUAGAGGGGAAAGCCAUGUCUGAGAGUUCUUCUUUCAUCCCCGUUGCAGAAGUAAAAUAGUAUCUAACCAACAAGUUUUCCCAUUGCCCAGCCCCUUGUGUUGAAAUCCCCCCCAAUGAUUAACCAAUUAAAUGGCUUUAAUUAAUCUACUUAUUUGUGUAGCACUAUCCAAGCACAUUUUUGUUAGAGCAGUAUAAGAUAGGUCCCUGCUGCAAGGAGUUUACAGUAUAAAUAAUUUAAAAACCAAUUAAACAUGCAUCAUAUUUGGUUAUUUAUAAUUAGUUUGCAUAAUCUUUUUUUCCUCAGCCUCUCACAUUGACAGGUCUCAUAGGCUCUAUCCAAACCCCCAAAUCCUUUGUAACUUUUUGUGAUCCAUGUCCUGCCCAUCUACAGGAUUAAUUUUGCUCACGAAGCACAUGGAUGCUUGCUUCAUAAAUCCCUUCAUUUCUUUUAGGAGAGGACGUCUGUUUUUCAGGACUUCUUGCAAUCAAAGACGAGCAUUUUACUCUGCACAGUAAGUUACUGGAUAAUAAGUUGACAGGAGCGGUUGAGCAGUGUAUCACACCAAGUAAGCUGGAGUUAACUCUACAUUAGCAAAACAGGAUCUGCACAGGAGUGUCAUGUUUGAUGAGCACAGCAACUCAGGUCUUGUCCCCAUGAGGCAGUUGCUGAAACUAAAAGUCCUGCCUCUCCACAGCUGGUUAUGUCUCCUCCUCUGCAGGGUUUUUUCCCAAGCAGUCAGAGACUGUGCCUGCGUGCCUGUCUUUGCUUCUCCCACUUGAUGCCUCUCCUGGUUCUGGGAGACCGGGGGGGGGGGGGGGCGGGAACUUAUCGCAGCAGGAGGGGGAGACACUCAUACCUCUUCAUAAGCCUGACUCACCUCCGCUUCUUUGCUUCCCUCCUUUUCUACUUCAGCUUCUACCUCUGAUUCUGGUCUGCUGUCUGUCACAGAGUCUCCCUGCUCCCUAAGCCCUGUUACCUCUUCAGCUUCUGGCACCUCCUCCUCCUUCCUCUUCUCUCUCUGACCACUCAUCAUCAUUCAUCCCCCACUAUCACAGCUUUGAGUCUUCUCCCCUUGGGGUUUCCCCAGCUGGUUCCUCCCACCAUUCUUUAGCAUCCAACCAGUCCCUGGCAUAGCUUUGAAUAUGAGCAAGUAUAAUUGACACGCAGUUUAUCUUGUCAUCUGGCCGGGAAAGGCAUGGAAUGAAUUCAGGGUAAGGGGAGUCCAAAAUAAAGGAGUGAGGACUGCAUGCCCAGUGGAUUUCCAGUUGCCAUGUCUGUUGUCUGUCUAGUCCUGAUUAACUUAGAAAACUAAGAAUACUGAGAUCAAAGCACAAUAACGUGUUUUAUUAUAAACUCAAACUUGCUUCAAGGGCGGAUAGAAGACCAUCACUGCUUGUGGGAUGCUAGUAAUCUUUCUCUCUACUGCUUCAGACUGCUGCAUCACUACACAAUUUGCUCACUUAGCCAUGGCAGCUGUUAAGCCUGGGAAAUCUGUGUGUCUCAGUGAUGGCUGCCUACCAUAAAUGUGUAAAUUAACAGCAAUCAGGAGCCGUUGGAGCUGAAAAGUUCUGGCCACCUCUGACGUUCUGGGUUGCCAUAAUGUGGCUUUGCUUGAUGAUUUAUUUUUUUAAUUGGAAAAUGGUUGCAAGUUUUGGGAAUAGGAGCAAGGUGGGCAUCAAAGAGUCCUACUGGAUCAGGCCCAAAGGUCCAGCAGCUAAUUCCCUCCCACUGCUGAUAAUUUCCAGUGUCUUUACUUGCUCAGUAACCAAGAAGGAAGAGUGUAGCCUUCUCUUCUUGUCUGUCCUCAGCAUCCAUAUUUAGCAGCAGACUGCCCUUGGGUAUAGCAGCUGUAUUUCCAAUUGCCAGAGCUGUAAUGUGGCUAGUCCUUAUGGAUUUCCAGUUGCCAUAGUUGAGGUCCUGUUUUUGGGCUUCCCAUUGGGACAUCUGGUUGGCCACUGUGAGAACGGAAUGCUGGAGUAACCUGGCCUCCCUUUAUUUGAACAAGCAGGAUUGGCCAGCCAUACUGUUUGGGACCGUUUGGUGCAGCUACAGCAGUCUACCUCCAAGGAAAGACUUUUUAUGUGGUUUUUUUUGUUUUGAUUUUGAAUUCCUACUAUCUGAGUAGUAAGGAAAGCUGCUUGGAUUUUCUGCCUUCAGGUCCCAAAAUUAUCUUCUCCUGAGGUGUAUAAAGCCUAUGCUUCAGACUUUCUCUAGAGUGUGUGAGUCCCAUGAGCUUGUGUUUGCCAUUUGCCGUCCUAACCAGUAUGUUUCCCCUGGAUCUCCUGUUUAUUUCCCUGUGCCAGUUUCUAUGGCACAAAAACAAUAAUGGCAAUCACACCCCUCCAAAACUAUGGAAUUAAUAGUAAAAGCCAAACUUUAUUUGACUAGUGGGCAUUUUGAGAGUGUUGGGGGUGCCAGUUAAAAAAUGGCUGCCAUGGAGUGGGCAUGUCAUGACACAAAAAUGACUUCUGUGGAGCACAGCAUAACACAGAAUUGAAUAGUGAACCACCACAACAACUAUGCUUACCAUGGGAAGUCAGCUAUGCCCUGUUGGUUCUGAUUAUGGACAUCACACAGACAGACAGACAGACAGACACACACACACACACACACACACACACACACACACUGUUGCUGUCUAAUAACAAGGAGCAUUCCUCAGUAUGAGGAAAAAUAUAGGAGGUAGCCACACAGAAAUCGCUUAGUGUGUGCCUGUACAUUUUGCCGUAUAACGUUCUUUCUAGAAGGGCUAGAGACUUGCUUUUUGUAAAAAUAAUAAUGAAAAAUCAGUCUGGGGCACCUUGCAAGAGGCAGCCCUGAAAACCUUCAAGGUUGAUAACCCCUGGUGUAGACAAUACUGAGCUAGAUGGCCCACCAACGCUUCCUAUGCUGUUCUUAUGCAGUAAUUGUAAUUUUUUUCCUAAACACGCCAAUUAACGUUUGAAAAACAGACCAGGGCUUGUCUUGCGAAAUGUCUGUGCUUUCUCCUUCACUGAAGUUCUUUGCUUGCCUUUCUCAGGGAGGUGCCUCUGCUUUUUUAAGGGGGGGGAGAGCAAGUUCAGUGAGAGGAAGAUCAUUUUGGAGAUUUGUUUGCCUGUUAACUCCAUCACGCUAACUCAUCCUGCCAGUUUUCUGGCGGGCGCGGCCAAACGCUUUCGCCCUCUGACAGCUUUCUGCGCUCUCCCCCUCUCCUUCCUCCUCCAAUCGUGCAGCCCAAUCUGUCACUUGGCCGACGGGGGUCCCUUCCCCGCUGAUGGCUUUCGACACUCAGCUGUAAUGACUCUUGGCAGGCUGGGAAGUCAUGAGAGCUCCUACCUUCCGCUUGGCCCUCUCUCUCCCCACCCCCCGACUCUGCCUCUCUUUCUUGCUUCCCCCUGUUUUAGCUAAAGCGCUUUGUGUGUGCCUCUUUUUGGUAAAUAAAUGAGUCAUUUUAAUCCAACUGACAGCCUGGCACCUGAACGAGCUGCCUUCCAUCUGCACCUUCUAGGCCUAGCGGAGGCUGCCAAUUGUCAAGACUAAGGCCUUCAAGGCCUAACCACUGAGUGCCCUUUCAGGAACAACUUCAUCAGAUUUCUCUCUCUCUUCUGUCCCUAAAUCUUGGGGAAGUUGGUGGGUCCUGAACAUUGGGGUUGUACACAGGAUCCAAAUUUGGAAAGAUUUUUAAAACACCCCUGCCUCAGCUCCAGAGCUCCAGCGGUGGAGAUGGAAGUGCAGCAAAGACAGAAAACUAACUUUGAGCCCUUGCCGUUCAUGGUAUUUAUACCAGGCCAAUCUAGAGGCUCAUACUACUGGUAAGACAUGGGUGCUGCUGUUCCUUUCUCUAAUGGGGGCUUUAUGUGCACAUAGUCCCAGUCACUGCAUGUAGACCCCCAGCCUUUGCUCACAAGGGACCUUUUUGAUCGCAAGCUUGCUGGUAACAAAUUUUGUGGCCUCUUAAGCCACCAGGCUCACUAAUUUUUAUUUUACUUCCUGUGCGAAAACUCCAGCCUAUGGGUCUGGUCCUUGAGUCUUCCCCAGGCCCCACCCCUUCACAAGCCCCACCCUCUUUCCCCCAGGCCACACCCUCUUUUUCUGCAGGCCACGCCCUCUCAGCAACCUUGCUUCAAAUCCUUCUCCAGUGUUUUUCACCUGGCAGAGAUGUGUCUUUGAACUCUAAUAAUACCUUUGCUUUUCUGGAUGGAGGAUAAUAAAGAAAUUAGCCAGCUGUACAAGAGUAGCUCCAGAAGGGUAUCUCUUUAAAUUCUCAGCACCCGUAACAAACUAGAGUUUCCACCAUGCUUUGGUGAGAGGUUUCCAGAGAGUCAUAUUUCCCUCCUGGUGCUACAGUUCCCGGAGUUCCCUAGGAAAAGGGACUGAUUGCUAACACAUGCUGGGAAUUUUAAGUUUGGAAGGGGAAUUGGUGGGUGGGUGGGUGUUCUCUAACAACUCUCAGUACCUUUAACAAGUGACAGUUCCCCCAAUCCUUUGGGGCAGGGCUUGACUGUUUCAAGUGGUAUUAUGUUGCUUAAGUGUAUAGUGUAGAUGGGGCCAGAUUCUCUGCAAACAGCAACAGCACUCCCAUAAAAUGUUAUGAGACUUUAACUUAAUGGUGUGUGUAUGUGAUAUCACACACCAACUGAAUCAUCUCAUUUGGCUAAAGUUCCCAGAAGAAGAGAAGGUGGCUGGACACUGGUGGCGAGAACUUGGGUUAAAUGAGCAUUCCAAGUAAUCAAGAUCUCUGUCCUACCACCCUUCAAAACAGGCACAAAACCACCAAGGAGGACGAAGCCUGAGUGAGGCCUUGAAAUGAAAUCUGAAACAGGCCAUGCGGGCCCCAUUCCCUCAACCAGGCAAAGGCAGAAUAUACCAGUCCAGCCAACCCAGAGGAUACAUUCUGCCAGCCUGGGGUAGAAGGUGCUUCUCAAUUAACCUUCUCCCCUAACCCACCAAUCAGGGCACUGAUAGUGGGACUGACCGAUCUAGAUGCUUCAACCGGCUAGCCAAUGGUAGGAGCUGGAGUUGUAGGCUGCUAUUCCCUUCUGUGCCUGAUGAGGACUCUGAAGCCCCGGGGCACAUAGUCCAUGGCAUGAGUUUACUGGCUGAACCCUCUUCCUCUCCAGCAUUACACUCACUGCUGAGACCGCCCCCCCCACCUGAACUUUUGUUUAAGAGGAGGAUACAGCUUCCAGGACCACUGAGCGUGCCAUUUUGGCGAGGAAUGAAUAGAUUGUGUCUCAUUUGAGAAGCCAGUUCCUAAAGGGUGGUGUGAGAGACAACAGGGUCUAGCUACUGCAAUGCUCAUUCAAGAUUCCUUGUCUUGUUGCACCAAACCAGGAACAGGAACCCAAGGGACACUUUCUCUUCUGGACAAAUGCUCAGGGGCCUUGUGCCAGUGGUGGGCAGACGAGGAGUACAAAAAAUUGCCUUUGCCUGAGAGCCCUGGGAAGAGGAAUUGAUUGUUAAACUUCUCUCUGGGAGGGGGAAUAGGGUUUUCAUAACAACUCUCAGGACCCUUAACAACAAACGGAUCCCAGGCUUCUUUGGGGAAGGUCAUGGCUGUCUAAAGUGGUAUCAUAGUGCUUUAAAUGUGUGGUGCAGAUGUGGCUCUAGUUGCACCUGCAGAAUCAGAAUGACCAUGCGUGAGGGGUGUGAGUGAAUGCAAGUGCGAUUUGUGUUGGGAGGCAGCUGGUUUUAAUUGCAGGAGAAGAGAGCGAAAACCAUGCUGGCGAAGAGCUGUAACCAGAGAUGAUAUAUUUGCAUACUCAUUACGGCUUUGCAUGGUGUUGUGCCUUGAUCUGCUUAAACUAAUAACCUCUUUUGGCAGUGUAUCUGCUUCAUCAAGUGGACUGGGAACAGGCGGCGACUCGACGCCGGUCGCGGCUGGGUGUAAUAAAUCCCCCUUCUUAACUUGGCAGCUCCUUAAAACUAAAUCCAAUAUCUUGGCAUAAUGGCAUCUAAUAAGCUGAAGCGAUCGGUCAAAUCCAAUUUAAAUCCCUUAACCCGCCCCCCCUUUUUUUGGUGCUACGAAAGGAAAGCUCAACUAGGGUUGGGUUGGACCUGGAUGGAAAGUGUUAUUUUAUAGUUACGCUUUUUUAUAUAUAUAUAAAAACAAAAUUUGGAAAUCCUCUUCCGACACUUGUGAUCACUAAUUGCAGUUCCAGUUGGAGAGGGCUUUUGAGGUUGGAUCCUGCUUGCGGGUUUGCUAGAAGCAUCUGGUUGGCCAUGUGAGAACUUGAGGCUGGUCUAGAUGGGCCAUUGGCUUGAUCCAGCAGCACUUUUCAUGUGUUUUUAUUUGGCGUUAGGGAUUUUUCACCCGCCAGUAUAGGUUUCCAUGCUGAGGAAUGCAUGAGCCCCAGAUUCUGCAGCUGUUAAGAUCCCAAGUUUUGUUGGCAUAUGGCUGGAGCAAACACUUUAAACAGACAGUGUUCAGGCUGAGACUCAGUAUGAAAUAAGAAAGCUUCUGUUUAUUAAAGGAAGUCCAUUUUUUGAUAGGAAGUCUCUGGUGCUAGCUAAAUAAUCAGGAGAAACAAAUGAGCCAGUUUGCCCCUCAAGAAGGUAUAUCCAGGUAGACUUCACAGCUAGAGGUCCAAGAGAAAGUGGAAGAGAGUGCAAUGUAAUUCAUACAACUUGGGCUUCAGCACAGAGAUCAAAGGGACAGAUACAGGUUAGGACUCACACCUCUGGCUUGGUUCAGGUGUAAACUUUUGUUACAAGUCCUUUGCUUGCACACACUUUCCCUUUCCUGCUUGGCUUCAAGAGAGUUAAUUCCUAGUAAACAAUGGUUUACACUUUGCCUUGCAAAAUCUGCUUUAAGUUAGUGUUCAGAAACAAAAUGCAAACCAUAGCUGUCGGUUCAGAUGUAGUGUGUCAUUUCUUGAAAUCAAGCAUAUAGGCAGAGAAGGGAGUUAAUGAGCAUAGGACUCAUUCUUAAUAUUACACUUUUUUCGUAUUUUUCCUGAAGUAUGUUAUUUAAAGGGCUAUGGAUAUGCAUUCUUCAUAGUGCAUUGGGUUGAAAUAUCUUUUUAUAUAACUAUGAACAUAUGGUCAUGCAUAUAUUUAUUUGAUUUAAUUAUCCAACUUAUUGGGAAUUGUUGUUCACGGGCCCUUGCUAGCAUUUUUGUUUAGCCCUUCCAUUUUGUGGGUCUAUAGGGGAUGUUCUUAUUUGAGUUUAGAAAUGUUUCCUUCUUUGUUGCAAUAGCUUUUUGGAGUUUAAGGUUCUCCCCUUUCUUUACACCCCCACCCCAAUUUCCCAUAGAGUGCCAAGCCCCAGUUUAGUAUAAUAUCUCCACCGUUGAUUGAUUGUAAUUUGCUCCUGAACACCUUGGAUGAAUGACAGGAUAAACCAUAAUAAAUGUAGUGAAUGUAAACCUUUAUAAAAACUGAGCUCAUCAUACAUUAUUCAUUUUCAAAGGACGUUGCUGCUCGUGGAUUAGACCUGCCACAGGUUACCUGGAUUGUACAGGUAAGUUUUUCUUUCCUUUCUUUCCUGUGCAUGUGUGUGUUGUGUGAUUGAUGGGUGGAGGGAUCAAUCUUCAACAUCACGGAAACCUGGUGCCGAGCUCUGGUAUGCUCUAGGUUGUGCAUCAGGAGUGGGCAGGCAUCAGGCUUGUUGAUUCUACUUAGGUUUUUAGCUAGACCUCUCAAGAUCUAAAAACCAGAAUCAGCCUCUGGCAUAAUUAUUUCCCAAAGGUCAUUUGCUGUGCAGGAUGGUUCUUAACAGGAGAAACUGGAAAAUUGAGCCUAGGACUUUCUGCAUGCAAAGCAAGUGCUCUGUGAUUGAGCUACACCUCCUUCCCAAGGCAGCGUAUUUGGGGGGCGGGGGGGGGAGGGAAUGAACUCCUGAAAUCCUGUAGAUGUGCUGCCAGUCAUCAGCUAGGUGGACUGAAUGCUCUGACUCAGUGUAAGGCAGUUUCCUAUGCUAGGCAUCAGAGCAAGGACAUAUCCCAGCCAGACAAAACCGCUCAAAUCAGGGUAAGUGAGGGGUGUGGUCUGAGGAGUGUCCAAGGGCCAGGCAUAGAGGCCUGGAAGGCUGCAUUCAGCUUCCCUACCUCUGGCAUACAGGCACACACUUGCCCCCAUGUAUGAGCAUGCACAUCUCACCAACAUGCCCCUCUAAACAUAAAUGCUUUCGCCAGUCCUAACAGCAGGUGUUCCACUGGCCUGUAAAUAAGAGAGCAGUGCUUUUCUGCCAUCUGAUCAACGGUGGUUUAGAAAUUUAAUAAAUAAAUAAAAUAGAUGCUGCGUCCUUCCCGAAUGGUCAUGCCUCUUUUCAGGUGCAGGAUUGGCUUGCAGGUUGACACCCCCCCCCCAUAUUAGAUGACAGUGUGUUGGAGACCCUGGGGAAGUUGCUGCUUGUCCAGAAGGCUUGGCUCGGUCAUCCGGAUAAGCCUGAGGAGAGACCUGUGGGAAGCAAUGAUUACUCUCUGUGUGUCUCGGGUGGCCCUGCAGCCUGUCGAAGGCAUGCCAGAGGGCACAGGGGAAAAUGAUGGAACGGGGCUGUCGCUGAUCGGUCUUUAGGUUUCUGAUAAGGGAACAAGGAAACGGCAGAGUAAGCUCAUACAGUGGUACCUCUGGAUGCGAACGGGAUCCGUUCCGGAGCCCCAUUCUCAUCCAGAAGCGAACGCAACUUGCACGUGCGCGGGUCGCGAUUCGCCGCUUUUGCGCACGUGCGUGACGUCACUUUGACCGCAAGCGCGAGUGGCGAAACCUGGAAGUAACGCGCUCUUCUGGGUCGCCGCAGCGUGCAGCCCGAAAACACUUAUCCCGAAGCUACUUCAACCCGAGGUAUGACUGUACUAGAUAGGAACAUGGGAAUCUGCCUUAUUCUAAUUCAGGCCCUUGGUCUAGCUAAGUACUGUUUACACUGACUGGCAGCAACACUUCAGAAUUUCAAACAAGGGGUCUCUCCCAGCUCUAGCUGGAGAUGCCAUUGGGGACUGAACCUGGGACCUUCUGCAUGCAAAGCAGAUUCUCUGCCACAGAGUCUAUGUGGUGCUUUCCAGGAACAUAGGAAGUUGCCUUAUAUGGAGUGAGACCCUUGAUCUAUCUAGUGCAGUUUUGCCUGUACCGACCAGCAGCAGCUCUCCAGGUUUUCAUGCAAUCAUAAAAUCAUUGAGUUGGAAGGGAUCCUGCAGGUCGUCUAGAUUCCAAUGCAGGAAUCUCAGCUAAAGCAUCCAUGGCAGAUGGCUGUCCAACCUCUGCUUGAAAAUCUCAAGUGAAGGAGAGUCCACCACCUUCCAAGGGAGUCCAUUCCACUGUUGAACAGCUCUUACUGUCAGAAGGUUCUUCCUGGUGUUUAGUCGGAAUGUCCUUUCUUGAAAUUUGAAUCUAUUUGUUCAGGUUCUAGCCUCCAGAGCAGCAGAAAACAAGCCUCCAUCUUCCAUGUGACUGCCCUUUAGAUAUUUGGAGAUGGCUAUCUCCUCUCCCCUCAGACUGCGAUAUCUCCCAGCCCUGCCAGGAGAUUUCGGGAAUUAAACCUGGAAGUUUCUGUGUGCAGAGCAGAUUCUCUGGCACUCAGAUACGUACAGUUCCCCCCCCCCCCUCCAAAGAAGGCAGUUCAGAAAUUAAUUUAAUAAAUAUGGUGCCGCUACAAUAUGACACUCACCUUCAGGUGUCAUUUGAGUUCUCUACCCUUGAUUCCUUUGCUUGCUAAUUAAAAGCAUAAACUGGAACCUGUUGCAAAAAAGAAGAUGUGUGUUUUGAAAUGAUUUUUUUGGGGGGGGAGCAGGCAACCCGAUCAGUCUGUCUGCGAAACCCGAUUCGCACAUAUGAGUGAUUGCCCCGUGUUGUAGUCCAUCCUAAGGAAUUGACUUUGCAUGUGUGAAGCGGUUCUGCAAGUGUAUGGAAUGCAGCUCCCCCCGCCUGCCCCCCCCCCCCGUUUGUCAUUUUUUAACAUUUUUGAAGCGUGCACUCAGUGUAUGGUACAUAUACGGUAGCAGUGUAAUGUGUGAAUCAGCCAUCAAAUGCCAUGACACUGUAAAGCUAAGCCUAUGUAAAUGCAUCUCUCUGCUGAGUAGCAGGUCUCGGAAAGCUUUAAGCAAGCCAAUUACUGUAUACUUAAGCCAAUAUAAUUUUAAGGGGAACCAACUCAGGUGUGCUCUCUGGGUUUAUUUGUCUCGCGCCUAUGGCGAGCAGCUGAUGCAUAUUAAGAAAGGAAGCAAAUAGGUCACUGAUCCCCCCCCCCCCCGCAUAGAAACAAAUUUUGUUUUUUAAAAAAAUUGGUGAGAAGACAGCUUGGCCAAUGUGUCAUAUUCAUAUGUCAAAAAAACCCUUGUUACCACUGUAGCUGUGAAUGAUGGUUGCGGGGAUAUGAGGAUGAUGGGUUCUGAUAAGCCAUUUCUUUCCUUGGAAAAGGAAGCUGAUAUGACCUGGGAUUUAUUUUUCUAAAUGACCUCAGACACAGCACUCUCUCUGAUAAUUAACCACCCAUGCAAUCUGUUAAUUCCUUUUCUUCCCCUCCACUCUCCAAACUUCCUCUCUCUCUCUCUCUCUCUCUCUCUCACAUUAUUUUUUCUUUUCUUUUUUCUUUUUUAAAGUAUAAUCCUCCAGCUUCGCUUGCCGAAUACGUCCACCGUGUUGGGAGGACAGCUCGGAUUGGCAGUCACGGGAACAGCCUGCUCAUCCUUGCACCUUCAGAGGCGGAAUAUGUCAACUUCUUGGCUUCUUGCAAGAUUAAGUGAGUCACAAACUCCCCCCCCCCCCGCACUCCUCUCCUCUCCAACCAAACUUCCUAGCUAAACCAAUAAUAAGGUAUCUGCAUUGCUGUGUCUCAUUACAAAUGGAUGGUAGUUGCUACCUUCUUUUUAGAAGGAUGCUUUUAAUGACAGCCGAAGUACGAUUCUCAAAGAGAUUUUUUUAAAAAAAAAUUCAUUACAAAAAAAGUAUUAAUGAAAUUCUCAGUUGGUUGGCAUCCUUGUGUCUCAGGAGACAAUUGAGGAGUGUGCCUUUGGGGGUAAAGGCAAGCAAAUGGAAGGUUGCAGCGCCUGCUGUGGCUGUAGAGACCGAUACGGGAGAAAUGAUGAUGAUGAUGAUGAUGAAACCAGUGCUAGUCCUACUCACAGUAGACCCACUGAAAUUGGUGGACAUGACUAAUGUGGGCCCAUUAAUUUCAGUGGGGCAAUGCAGAGUAGAACUUAGUUAGACACAACCGAUUACUUAUAAUAAUUAAUUGUUAUUGUUAUUAAUAGUCCAUUAAUAGAGACCAUUGCAUGGAAGCGAGAAGGUUUAAAACAACAGGAGAGGUUUGAAUAGAUUGGGGAGGAAGAAAUACUGAUUUAUUUAUUUAAUGUUUUAACAAGGAGAUAUAGUGGAGAUGGGUACAACACAGAAACCAACACCAAAAAGCUUACACAACAAAGCUGUUCUCAGUUCCCUUCUAGCUGUACUGAAAUCUUGCUUAAGACCACCACUUUAUUCCUCUCAGUGUUUUUCUAUCCAUGCCUUAUGAAAACCUCUGCCGUUGUUUUAUACAGUCAUACCUCAGGUUGAAGUAGCUUCAGGUUGAGUGUUUUCGGGCUGUGCUCCGCGGCGACCCGGAAGUAACGAAGCACAUUACUUCCGGGUUUCGCUGCUUGCGCAUGUGCAGAUGCUCAAAAUGACAUCAUGCGCGGAAGUGGCGACACGCGCAGACGCAGGUUGCGUUCACUUCAGGAUGCGAAUGGGGCUCCGGAACGGAUCCUGUUCGCAACCAGAGGUACCAUUGUACUGCAACUUUUUCCUUCUCAUUGUCCUUCCGUCCCUGCUUUACUCGAAGCUCCCCCUCUUCCUUUCCUCAGCUGCCGCAUGGGUGAGUGAUAAAGUAGCGCUAAAAUAUCACUUCACUCCUGGUAGCAAAUGUUGCCUUCAAGAUGAAGUUCCAAAUAGAAUGUAGUAAUUUACAGCAAGUAUUUUAUUAACAAGCAAACACUCAUGUAUGCACACCAUCCAUCACUUAGCCUUCUCUAACUGAACGAGCUUGCUUUUAAGAUGCUAUUCAUCUUAAACUUGUAGGAACAUAAAUCUGCAGAUGUAGGAGAAUAGGGAGGUGGUAGUGUGGAAAUGGUGGUGGUCUGUUUGCGAGGGGUAAAAGGAGGCAAAGAGGAGGGGGAGAAGGUGCAGAUGAAAACGGAGGAGUGCAAAGGAGGAGAUGCAAAAAAGGACAACAGGGGAGGCGUGCAAAUGGGGACAAAGAUGAAAAUGGAGGUAUGAGAGAGGCUGCAGAAUAGAAGAGAAACAGAAUAGGAGGUGGCCUCAUAAUUGAAUAAAAAGUGAAAAGAGUACUCAGUAGUUACAACAUGUGGUAGAGGAGGAGACUUGUUGGGUUAUGCCUUCUGAAUUUGUAUGUGUAAAGAUUUUCUGUUGAUGGGAGGCCCCAUCUUCACUGAUGCGAUAACUUUCCCCCCAUCUAAGUGGAACCUGCAACAAAAAGUUGCAGUGCGGUGAUUUCCUGUUCAGGGUGCCAGCCAGUCAGCCAUGUCCUCUACAACUAUAAUCCAUUCCAUCUCCCCAGUUGGUCUCAGUUCCCCAUCAUUUCCCACCAGGAGUCAGUCACCACAAUUCCAUGCCCCCUGUGUGUGUUUGGAGGUGGGGGGUGGGUUCUUCUUAAAUAUUUAUUGUACUCCUGCAGGUCUUGAGAUCUCACCAAGCCUGCUGCUACUUCACUCUUCUUCAAAGAUGGUGCUGUUUGGCUCGAUAAACUGGCCUAGGAUAAUCAAUUUGCUGUAUAGGAUUAGGUGGUUCAGUAGCUCUAAAGUGUUCCACAAUUUCUAUAGAUAAUGCUGGGAUUUCAUUACUAUCAAUGGCGGCAACAGUAACAGAGAGGGGUGUGCAAGAGAGUGUAAGCUAGCCUAUUGUACAAAGUUGAAUUUUUGCAUUUGUUGUUCCUCCCACUUUUGCCUCUAGCCCUGUUCGUCAUGGGUGUGAGGCCUCUGAGAAGUUGCCCAGAAUUGAAUGUGCCCUUGAGCUGUAAAAAAAUUCCCCACCCCAGUUAGAAAAAGCUCCCAGUAUCUCCCAGGAGGACUGGGGGAAAUCUUAAGGGGACAGGAGUCAGGACCCCUUUGUUGUGGGACAGGACCUUGGGUUAGUGGAGUGUUUAUAAAGUCCUCAUUUCAGAAUCUAUGAGCCUAAUUAGGACAGGUAGGUGCUUCUUACUGUGUGAUAGUUAUCUAAGUGGAACUGGAUUAUCCCUGUGUGUAAGUAAGAAGGGACUGAUAGCAGGCUGUGGGCUUAAUGGAUUACAGAUCAGAUCCGGAUAGACAGUUCCAAGCCCAGGGCAACACGUGGCAUCAAAUCUAAUUGCCCUUUCCGUUCAUAAAUGGAGCCUGGUGGAAAUUUAUCCUGACAAUUUCAGUGUGGGAAACGAGGCAGAAGAAUGGCCAUGUGCUGGUCUGGUGCAUAAACUAUUGUGCUUUGAAAGCAAAGCUGUUCCGCCACCUUCUGAAAGGUUGGUCGCCUGCCUCGUGUCUCUUUUUUCGCAUGCCUCUUGUCUCUUUUUAAACUAAUAAGCUUAAUGAACUGAUGUAACUGACAACAGUAAUAAUACGAUUUGGGCACAUUCAUGGCAGAUAGCAAUUUGCUCUGAGCUAACUAACGCGAACAAAUUGCUUUAUGUGUCUGACAAGGUGGUCUCUAAGUCCAUGAAAGCUUAUGCUGUAAUAAAUUUGUUAGUCUUUUUAUUUAUUUAGAGCAUUUGUGUCCUGCUCUUCAGGUGAAAAGAGUCCCAGCACGAUUUACAUACAAUCAACUAAAACAUGACCAUUCCCACGCAAAGAUUUAAAAUCUAAAAGAUGCAACACAAAAGGAAAAGGUGAUGGAGAGGGAAGAGGAAAAAAGCAAAUUUAGGUACCACUUUUGUGGACCAGAGCUCACUUCAUCGGAUGCAUGAAAUACUAUUAUUAUAUUGACAGAUACAUUGACAUGGGUGGAGGGAGAGAAGAUGUUAGCAGUGUCAUCAUAUGGAUAUAUUAUACAAUAUAGGAAACACAAGACUGUCGUAAAUGCUCGUUCUGCUCAGAGUAGGCCCACUGAAAUUGAUGGACGUGACUAACUUCAAUGAGUUUGCUCUGAGUAAUGCAACCCACAGACUGUGAUAAAGCUUAAAUGUAAAUAAGAACAUAGAAUGAGCUCUACUGGAUCAGGCCAAUGACCCAUCUAGUCCAGCAUCCUGUUCUCACAGGGGCUAACAAGAUGCCUGUGGGAAACCAGGAAGCAGGACCUGGAUAGAAGAACACUUUCUCUCCAUGUGGUUUCCAGCAACUGAUACUCAGAAGCAUUGCUGCCUCCAGCUGUGGAGGCAGAGCAUAGCUGUCUUGGCUAGUAGCCUUCUCUAUGAAUCUGCCCAAUGGCUAGUAGCCUUCUCUAUGAAUCUGCCCAAUGCUUUUUUAAAGCCAUCCAAGUUGGUGGCCACCAUUCCCUCCUGCAGGAGUAAUUCCAUAGUUUAACUAUGAGUUGCAUGAAUAAGUUCUUUCUUUCUGUCUUUCUAGUACAUUUUUUGUAAAAUUGUAUAUAGUCAUUGCUCAGAAAGCUGCAUCGUCGCUUACAUACAGGCAUUGGUAAACCAAUGAAUACCUAUAGCAGGAUUUAAAAACAGAUUCAGGCCACAGGUAAUGGAACUGAACUUCUUGAUAAGCUGUAAUUCAGCAGUUUUACAUGGGAAACCCCCCUCCCCUUUAUCUUGUUCAAGACUGGCUUCUAGCAGCAGAAUGUUCUUGCAGGACGAAAUGUUAGCUAGGAAACUGCUUUACUGAGUCAGACCCUUGCUCCUCCCUCUGGCUCACUUUUGUCUAUGCUAGCUGACAGUGGCAUCCAACGCCUCUUGUCCCAAUAUCAAUUACAAGAUCUUCAGGUGACCAUGAAGAUGGAUAAGAGGCACUUAAGAGACUGUCUCUUUAGGUCCGAUGCAGAAAGGGAUCUAACUGUGAUUGCUUCUACCAAGAGUUCACUAUGGUUCCCACUUAUCAAAAUGGAACAUGCCCGAGCCAGAUACCUGACAAAGCUCCCACUUGCCAUACUAAGAAUCGCUUUUACAGAACUACGAUUCCAGUUGAUGCCCUCGGCGGUGUUGGAUGGAUGGUACAGCAAAGUACAUUACGAAGAGAGACUCUGUCUGUGUGGACAACCCUGUGUCGAGGACCUGUGCUAGCUGACAGCAGCUCUUUAGGAGUUCAGACAAGGAGUAUUUCUCCUAUCUGGAGAUGUUGGGGAUUGAACUUGGGACCUUCUGCAUGCAAAGCAGGUUCUCUACCACUGAGGUGCAGCCCUUCCCCACACAAUAGUCCUUAUAAAGGGCUGCAUUAAAUAGGAACAUGGGAAGUUGCAUUGCACUGAGCCAUACCCUUGGUUCAUCUAGCUCAGUUCCUGGGAAUCAGGAGUGAGAAAACGACUGGUGCCCUUAUGCCCUUGCUUGUGGGCUUUCCAGAGGCAUCUGAUUGCCAUUGUGGAAAGAGAGUGCUGAACUAAACAGACAAUUGGGUUUCAUCUCGCAAGGCCCUCCUUAUAUUCUUAGGAGUUCAUAGCAGAGGCAAGAGACAAAACCAACAACUUUGUGAUUCAUGGCACAGGCUAACCUGGGGAAGUAAGGCCCAGCAAGCCUGGCAGGACUGCCCUCUGAGGAAACAUGGUCCAGAUCCAUCAUUCCUCACCACUGCGCUAGAUCUCAAUAACCCCCUUUUGGUUCUUCUUGAUUAUAUUAAGUCAUGAAAUUAAGAUAUGAAUGGCAGAGCGCUUUUCUUUCUUUCUUUCUUUUUUUUUUAAAAAAGAAGAAGUGGUGUUUUCCCCACUGCUCUGACACAUUUGUGAAUGAAAAUGUCAAAGCCUUCUCCCCACUUGACAGUGAUUUCCUGGAGAUAUAAAGAUAACACCCCCCUCCCCCAAAAGUACUCCUGCUGCCCCUGCCAUUUCUCUCCUCACGCUUGGCAUGCUGCCAGCUUGCAACCUUGCAUAUAAGCGAACUUCGUUCACUCAGCAGGGAGCACGUCACAGAAAAAGGGGCUGAAGCUGGUGUGUGUGUGUGUGCAUGUGUGUGUGUGGCUUCAUGCCUUCACGGGGAUCCGCUUUCUUUUAUAAACUUCGUUAGGCAGCUGUUAGGAAAUAAAGCAAUUGUCUGAUGAGCUGUCGGCAAGGAAGCCCCUGUGCUGUUCUUACAACAAUGCAAUCCUUUUCAACCCGUCUCCCCCGCAACCCCCAAACAACCGCAAGUCUCAAUCGAAGGAACCAAGAGAGACAUAAGCAAACACACACACACAGCAAAAGAAAAAUUACACUUUAGAGCUGACUUCCCCUCCACUUUCCUUGUCUAUUUCUCCUUUGAAAUGUCAGUUUCAUUCCAUGUGGAUGCAAAAGGAAGCUAAAUUUUAAAGGUGUGUGUGUGUGUGUGUGUGUGUGUGUGUGUGUGUAUGAGAAAUCGGGGGGGGGGGGAGAAGAGGCAGGAUUGUACAAAAUGCUAUCAUGGUCUUAAGGGAAAGGUUAAUGGAAGAUAAUCCAAGGUUCAGAUAACAGCUACAAAACCCAGUUGCACUGAGUUGAUACCCAGGACACUGGGUAAGGUUUUAUGGAUUGGUCUCUUGUUGCUGCUCUGGGCUCUUUAGGGAGGAAGGGUGAGAUAGGAAAUGAGUAAAUCAUAAAAAAUUUUAAAUGAUUCUUGACUAUAUGGAAUUGUGAACAAUUUUGUUUUUCACACGUUAUUUGCCUCAUAAUAUUAAAAAGGAAUUAUAGUGGUACCUACCUCGGGUUAAGAACUUAAUUCGUUCUGGAGGUCCGUUCUUAACCUGAAACUGUUCUUAACCGGAGGUACCACUUUAGCUAAUGGGGCCUCCCACGGCGGCUGUGCCGCCGCCGCGCGAUUUCUGUUCUCAUCCUGAAGCAAAGUUCUUAACCCGAGGUACUAUUUCUGGGUUAGCGGAGUCUGCAACCUGAAGCAUCUGUAACCUGAGGUACCACUGUAUUAUGAAUCCGUAAUUUUUUUAAGCCUGCAGGUGCGCCUGCCGUCAUUGAUGAGCAGCAAACCGACCAAGCUGCCAUCAGUGGUGGUUCUUACCCUCUGUAAAAUGGAUGCAGGGUCUGUCCUCAGAAGGAUUGCUGGAAGGAGGAAGGGAAGAGAGGGGAUGUCUUGGUGGCUAGCCUGAACAAGCAGGAGUUGUGGGAUUCAGUGCUAGCAACCCUACAACAAUAGCCACAUUUCAAAAACAUUCCAUCCCUCCUACCUCACAAAAAGGGAAAUAUUCAGAAACCAUAGGUAAACAUUUUGGCCUCAUUUAUGAGGAAGGACUGUAGCUACUUUCCCUACACUUCUCUCUUGGUCCUUCCCAUCUGCAGUAGGGAGAUGACAAUAUUGGUGUGCCUUACAAGCUCGUGGGCAUUUUGGAUUGAGUGUGUGUGUGUGAACACCAGGGCAAGAUGGUUUGAUCAUAUAAUGCCAAUCCUGACCUGACUGUAAUGGCUGCCAAUUAGUUUCUGAGCCCAAGUCAAAGUGCUGGUUUUGACCUAGAAAGCCUUAAAACAGCUCAGGAGCUCAAUACCUCAAGGACUGCCUCUCCCCAUAUGAACUGGCCUGGACCCCGUUAUCAUCAUCUGAGGCCCUUUCCUUGUGCCCAACCCCCAUGAGGGGCCCAGAGGGUGACAACAUGAUAACAGGCCUUUUCUGUGGUGGCUCCCCAUUUGUGGAAGUCUCUCCCCAGGGAAGCUCAUCUGGCACCUUCAUUAAAUAACCUUCAUCACCAGGCAAAAACAUUCCUCUUCUCCCAAUCCUUUGGCUGAUGAAACAAUCUAUGCCCUCUUAAAUGUGUCUGGUGUGUGUGUGAGGGUAAGCUAUUUGUCCCCCCCCCCCCAUUAUGUAAUGUGUUUUUAUGUUGUAAACCGCCCUGUGAUAAUAGAUAGAUUAAGCACCUGGUAUUUUGUGGCGCUGUGGGUAAAACCUCAGCGCCUAGGGCUUGCCGAUCGCAUGGUCGGCGGUUCGAAUCCCCGUGGCGGGUUGAGCUCCCGUCUUUCGGUCCCAGCUCCUGCCCACCUAGCAGUUCGAAAGCACCCCUAAAGUGCAAGUAGAUAAAUAGGUACCGCUUUCCAGCGGGAAGGUAAAUGGCGUUUCCGUGUGCUGCGCUGGUGCUGGCUCGCCAGAGCAACUUCGUCACGCUGGCCACGUGACCCGGAAGUGUCUCCGGACAGCGCUGGCCCCCGGCCUCUUAAGUGAGAUGGGCGCACAACCCUAGAGUCGGACACGACUGGCCCGUACGGGCAGGGGUACCUUUACCUAUUUUGUGUGAAAUACCUGGAUGGAGGAUAAAGAAAGAGUGUAUUUCUAUAGAAACUAGCAUACUGUAGAAAGGUAAUGUUUAUAUUUUUGUUGCUUUCUUACUCAUGGUUCCGCCCACCACUGGCAUGUGGCCCUCAGAAGGUUUCCCAGAAGGGAAAUGUGGCCCUCAGGCUGAAAAAUGAAGCUACACACCUUCAUUAUAGCACAGCAGAACCUGAAUGACAUCGCCUUGGGCUACCCUUGAUGUAGCACUAUUUUUAUUUUUAAAGUGCCAUUUCCAGCCAUGAUUUAAUAAAAUAUGUGCUAAAAAACAAAACAUGAGUGAUCUUUCCAUCCCUUGUUUUUCGCCUUCCAGUGUUUCAGAGAUGAAGAUGGAAUCUGUCCUGUCCAGCUUGAUGAAAGAUGACCGUUUCAAGGGCAGCCAGAGGGGAAAUAAGGUGAGUUCUUAUGGAAGAGGGAACCCCUCUCUCCCUCCAUGUUUCCUUCCUUUCUAGGGAGGAAAGUUAAAAGGUUUGCAGUCCUUUCUCCUAGUCACAAGAGGCAUUACUUCCUGGGAUGCUCGAUGAGAAUGGACCUAACAUUUGGUCCACCAGCUCUGCUCUUAUAACUCUUCACUUAAACCUGGGUUUGAGGAUUAGGUGAAUGACCUGUUCUGGAGGGAGAUGGGCCUCUGAAGGACCAGGUUCACAGUCUGGGGGUUCUCCUCCUCGUCGUCUUCCUAUUGUUGUUGUUAAACCUAUUACCUGUCCUUUACCAGCAGAUCCUGGGGCUGGUUACGGCAAUUCAAAAUUUAAAACAGUCUAAAAUGAAUUGCAGUCCCAGGAAUAAGGUGGGCCCUGAAAGCACACACUUUUCAGGUGUCAAAGGCCUGGCAAAGAGGUGCAUCUUCAGCAUUCACUGAAAGCUGUAUGGGAAAGUGGCAGCCACACGUCUGUGGUGAGGAGAUUCCACAGAAAAAGUCCUCUGCAAUCAGUUAAUGGUGAAGAGUGGGAUCUAAAUUUGACAUUUCAUCACCUGAGGAUGGUAGUGUUUGAGGAAGGUAUAGUGGGAAAGAUUAGUAAAUGUCUUCCCUGCUACACACCUUCCUUAAGUGUUUCUACCUAGCUGGAAUGUGUCCAUGGACUCUGGUAAUGCCUUUAGCUUGCCUGGAUGGAGGAUUUUGUGUGUGUGUGUGUGUGAGAGAGAGAGAGAGAGAGAGAGAGAGAAUUAUCAUUUGUUCCUGCACCCACUUUUGCUUCUCCCUCUGCUUACGGCUGGCAAGGGGCUGCUAGAAGGUUGCCUAGAAUGGAAUAUAGCACUUAGGAUGAAAAGGGUUCCCCAACCCUGGUGUAAAGCAAACUAUUUGCUUGCUCAUCUGUGGUGAGUCAGAAACUCCGUUUAGGAGAUGAGGCUUGGAAGGCAUUGCAAAAGUGGCUUUUUUAUUUUUGGCCCAAAUGACUAGCAUCGAUACACGUUGUCCAUUGUUAGCUACUGGGGAUUGCCUUGAACAGCUGUGUUCCAAAGUUGACCUUGACCUUGCAGCAGAUCAGAAACUUAUUAUUUCUGCAAAAGGAUCCCUGUCCCUUGUAUCCUAGAGCCACCCAGUCAGCAUGGAAAGGGACCUUUUUUAGCCACCGAGAAUAAGUUUCCUGGCCCUUUGUGCUGAUUAGAGCUGAUCAACUUGGAAACUGAGUGUUCUGCCUUCUUCCAGUUCUUUGCGUGCUUCCAGUUUUUUCAGUGUAUAAGGCUUUACCAAAUCAUAGCUUUCUCUCCUUGCAGAAGUCUUCACUGAUGUCCAUUAUAAAUACCCCUUUAGAGUGUGUGUGUGUGUGUGUGUGUGUGUGUGUGUGUUUGGACUUCUCUGAGGAGCUGAUGGAGGAAAAGAUGCCGAAAGCACCUGUAAAAUGUAUUUUUUAUCUUUAGGCACAUGAAAUAUAUAUGCGGCCGCGUCUGGGUGUGUGAAUGUUCACCGGCCUACAAAGAGAAUACAUUUGAUCUGCCUGCACUUUUUCUGCCAGGCUGGGGGAGGCUCCGAGCGGGGGGCACGCUCUGUGUGUGAGAGAGAGGCUUGGAAGGUGCAGGGCAAAAAGUUGCUAAAAACAAAAAUCUUCGUUUUGUAUGUAUCCCUUUAAAAAAAAAAAAUCAAGAGAGAAGGCAUUGCAGUUCUCACCUUGCUUCCUGCCCACCACCAACUGGAAGGAAGAUGUCUCCCUUUUAUAGUCAGGACAAAUAAAGUCCUUCAUGCAGCACAUAGUUAACUAUGGAACUCCCUCCCACAGGAGGCAGUGAUGGCCACCAACUUGGAAGGCUUUAAAAGAGGAUUAGACAAAUUCAUAGAAGGGCUUUUUAAUAAAACAGCAUCAAUCAGUUCCAACAAAAGCUGUACAUGGUUACAUGCUUACUUCAGUCACAUCUAAAAAGAAAAGUUGAGUAGGGACUCUUAAUCCAAUAACUGAAUCAUUGAAUGUUAGCAUGAAUGGCUGGAGGUUUUACAUUUAAUGUCAUGUCUGUUUACUUAGCUGAUCUACAGGGACCACACCUUAUCAUGAUAUAUAUAGCUAUAUUAUUAUGAGAGCCGUGUGGUGUAGUGGUUGAGAGCGGUGGACUCGUAAUCUGGUGAACCGGGUUCGCUUCCCUGCUCCUCCACAUGCAGCUGCUGGGUGACCUUGGGCCAGUCACACUUCUUUGAAGUCUCUCAGCCCCACUCAACUCACAGAGUGUUUGUUGUGGGGGAGGAAGGGAAAGGAGAAUGUUAGCCGCUUUGAGACUCCUUAGGGUAGUGAUAAAGCGGGAUAUCAAAUCCAAACUCUUCUUCUUCUUAUCAGAGUGAACGUAUUUAUUUUGACCUCUGCCAACCCUCCUGUGUUGCAUUAGGUGCUCAGAAACAGCUGAAUCCCAAACGCCAUCAGAGAUGGUCCUUUAGAGUCUUUCCAGUGGGAGGCUAUAUCUAAACAGGCAUCUAUCCUAACUUACGGAUCACAGCAGGGUAUGAAUGCAGGGUCCAGCUACAGCAGGGGUGGAGAGACUCAGGUCCAGGGGCCAAGCCACACUCCUUACUGGACCUGGAUCAGGUGUUUUUGCCUGGCUGUGUCCUGUCCUGGUCCCUAUUGUAGAGGUUCAAACCAUAAUGUGAAUAGUUGGUGCUUGUGUUUAUCUUUCCUGCAGUGCUAAGUGCAGCUUUAGCCAGUAUUUCUUUAGGUGUGUGCCUAUGAUGUGUCAAGCAUAUACCUGGAAGUUUGAGGUUAAGUGCGAAUGCAGCAAAAGUGGCGGUGGGGGGUUGGGGGGGAGGGUUACAGGUGUGGUCAUUGGCUACAACUCUACCCAAUUCCAGGGUGGCAGGUAGUACUUUGUGUGUCUACGUCUGUGUCUCUGUCCUGCGUAUUUUCCCUUUUCAGCUCUGAGUCAGUUUUUAAUUUUAGAUUUUUCUUCCUUUCCCCAGACCAGCCACCCUGGAAGGCAGAAAUCAAAACAUGCCCAUUAGAGUGCAGUUUUUAAAAAUAAAAUCGCUCCCUGGGGGGGGGGGGGGGGAUGAGAAGAUGUAUAAAGAGACUGGUGGAACUGUGUGUUGGCGGGGGUUGAUGCUAGUGGCGUGGGUUUCUUUUUUUAAUGUGUUGUAUUUCCCCCCGUACUAUUUCCUUCUCUUUUCUUUUUUUCCUGUUUGUUUAUCUCUCUCUGACCCCCAAACUUGCUUCUCUACCUGCUUGUACAUAGGGGUUUGUAUGUGUGUGUAUACACCCUUGAUGAAAUUGUUUUUUAAAUAGAUAUAUAUAAACAAGUCUUUCUCCCUUCUUUUUCUGGAAAAAGGAGAGAUGCCUCAUUCUGAAACCUAAAAGGUGGGAAGAUUUUUUUGGUGGGGGGGGGGGAGAGGGAGAGGAAUGGUGUGGAAGGAGAGAGAGAGAGAGAAUGAGGAGUCCUUUGUAAUAUAUUGCCAUAUUAUCACUAAAUCCCCAGACAGUUGUGGCAUAGAAGCAAGUCACCUGUCACUUAAGUUUGAGGUCUCUUUAAUUUUCUCCUGGAAUUCGCGCCGGGCUGUCUUUAAUUUGAGGCCUUUAUUGGAAUUCGGGAACCUUUCCUGCCUUCCCUGGUGCUCAGAUCUAUUCUGAGCUCAGAUACAGAAUGUAUACAAUAACCAUCAGAGGGAUUUGGAGAGGGCUGAAGCGCUGUUUAUUUAACACUCUGGAGGGAUUUUCGGGGUUUAUGCCGUCCUCGCUGCCCGCUUUCAAUAACGCUUUUGACAACCGUUCUGCCCUUCUCAUUAAUUUUAAACAGUUAAAACACCGGGAGGGGGGUGAGAGGGGAGGGGGGAAAGUUUUUCAUUAUUAAAGUGCUUUACUUUUUAAUAACAGAGGAUUCUGUCCACCGGGGGAAAGGGCAACUCGCUUAAUUUCACAUUCAUAUUAAAAAGAUGGCAGGAGGGUGACACUCUCUCGCCACCCAGGAGGCUUAAGGAAAGAAAAAAGGUGGAUCGGGGUGGUGUGGGCGAAGAGCAAGGGGGGAGCAGGGGGAGAGAAGGAAAGGAAGUUUUUGGCCUUUCACAACAGCUGAGACUUGACUCGCUUUAAAAAUAAUAAUUGUAUGUCGCUUGUCCACCAGAAUGCACAAGGAAGUACAUAAAUGGACAUAUAUUCAUAUAUAUAAAUAAAAGAACAUUGGGUUGCAACUGGUCCUACUCAAAGUAGACCCAUUGAAAUCGAUAUGCAUGACUUUUUGUAAAAGCCAGUGUGGUGCAGUGCAGGUAGAGUUUUGGACUAGGACCUGGGUUUGGAUCACCACUUGGCCAUGAAGCUCACGCUGCCUGACUUUAGGUCACUGUCCCUGCCCUUUGGCCCAUGACCUGUCUAUCUCCCAGGGUUUUUGUGGGGAUUAAAUGAGGUUGGGGGAGAACCAUGUACCGUAUUUUUCGCCCUAUUGGACACACCGGCCCAUAGGACGCACCUAGUUUUCUGGGGGGGAAAUAAAGGAAAAAAAAUUAUUUCCCCCCCAGGCACGGGGCUGGGGCGGGGGGAGCCCGAGCUUCCCCCGACCCCAGCCCCCAGAACAGGCAGCUCUCCACAAGCCGUGGGAGCCCAGCGCCGGGCUCCCACAGCUUGUGGAGAGCUGCGUGAAGCUAAGCCUAGGCACGCUGAGUUCAGCGCGCCCAGGCUUCGGCAUGCAGGCAACUCUCCGCAAGCCGUGGGAGCCCAGCGCUGGGCUCCCACGGCUUGCGGAGAGCUGCGCGAAGCCUGGAGAGCGAGAGGGGUCAGUGCGCACAUUUCCCCUUCAUUUUUGGAGGGGAAAAAGUGCGUCCUAUAGGGCGAAAAAUACGGUACGUCACCUUAAGGUCCUUGGAGGGUGGAAAUGGUGGGAUACAUAUCCACUAAACAAGUAAACCAUGUUGUGGUUUUGUUGCCAUCAGGAGGUCUGGGGAUCCUAUGAAAUAAACAAUAAUGUAGGCUCGUUAUUUUCAGUGGGUCUGCUCUGUGGAACUUGGCUGGAGACAACCCAUUGUGUGUAUGCAGAUAAAGGCAUAACAGUAACAUUCAUAGUAAAAACAUUUUUUUUAAAAAGUCAGGACUAACACAUCAUAACUUUAAACAGCUGUUAAAAACAAAGGUUUGCUGGAAAAGAGGACCAUCAACAGGUCACAUGCCAGAAGGGGUAAAUUAUCUGAACCAAGGAUGGGAAGGUUGUGGCCCUCUAGUAGUUGUUGGACUAUGAAUCACAUCAUCCCUGACCAUUGACCAUACUGGCUGGGGCUGAUGAGAGUUGGAGCCCAGCACCUGUAGGGACGUAGGAAAGAAGGCUGGUCCAUUAGGGCAAAUGAGGCAUUGCCACGCCAACCUCAGACCUCUCUCCAACAGCCCCUACCUGCUUGCCUGCCUUCUUACUUCCAGUGCUGGUGGUAGCUCUGUCUGUCAGCUUCUUCCUCCUUAGCCUCAGUGUGGCCCCUUGUAGAAUUCAGCAAGGAGGAGAGGAUGGGGCUGACUCUGCUUGUCAUUGCCUCUGGUUCCUUCUAUUGUUGGGCUUUCUGCCCUGCCAGUUCCAGUAGGCACCAGCUGCCACAGGUUAGUCACCACUAAUUUGAACAGGGCAGAUAAUUCCACAUAUGGGGCACUGCCCAAGAGGAGGUGCCCUUUGUACGUUUAUUCUGCUCAUGAACUGUCACAUUCUGUUUUUAAUCACACAUACACACACUGCAGCAAGAGCAGCAUAUCUAACACUUCCACCCCUUUAACUCCAUAUUUUGGUAUAUAUUGCAAGACUUUUUCUCAUUGCUGAACAAUGUAACCAAGCACCCUUAGGUGUUUGAAAUCUGAAUUGGUUUUCAGCAUUGCAUUGUAAACAAAGUAAACGCCACACAGAAAUUGCCCAUUUAAAAGCAUACUCCUCGAGCCAUUGCCACAGAAUAUGCUUUUUGGAAUAUAUGGAAUUGGAAGUGCCAGAGAGUGUAAAGAUUUUUCCACUUUUGGUGAGACCAGCCAGCAACCUAGAUUUAGUUGGCACAGUUAAUGCAGUCUCCUCACAAACGAUGGUUUGCAAAUCCCGAUCUAGGCUCGGAAAUAUGCACUCCCUCCUGAGUAGAAAUUUAUGCUUAGUUCAGGCAAAAUGCAGCCAAUAAUCAUGUACUUCAAAGUCCUCCUGAUAAAUCAGUAGGAUUUGGGUUGCAAUCCUAUACUAGUUUACCUGGAAAUAAACCCCACUAAACUCGGUGGGACUUAUUUUGGAAACAUGUACAUCGGAAUCUGCCUUAUAUGGCAUCAGAAUAUUAGUCCAUCUAGCUCAGUAUUGCCUACACUUACCAGUAGCAGCUCUCCAGGGUUUCAGGCAGGGGGCAUUUCCAUCCCUACCUUGAAAUGCUGGGAGUGAACCUGGAACUGUCUGCAUGCAAAGCACAAUGUUCUACCACCAAGCUACGACCUUUGAACUGUUAAGCUCCUACUUGGCCAUUCCCCAUUGCACUCAAUGUGAACUGUUAAAAUUGUGCUCAGUUUUGGUUGAAGCGUGCCUUCCUACAAGAGUAGCCCACUGUCUUUUGCUCAGCUUCAACCUCCUUCAUCCCCUGGCCAGUGGCCAUGCCAUCUGCUGGGGGUCCUGGGAGAUGAAGUCCAAAAUACAGUGGUUCCUCGCAAGACGAAAUUAAUUCGUUCUGUUUUUCAUCUUGCGAAUUUUUCAUCUUGCGAAACACGGUUUCCCAUAGGGUAUUAACGGUUUUAAGAAAAAGGAAACAAACUUGCAAGACGUUUUCGUUUUUCGUCUUGCGAAGCAAGCCCAUAGGGAAAUUCGUCUUGUGAAGCAACUCAAAAAACGAAAAACUCUUUCGUCUUGCGCGUUUCUCGUCUUGCGAGGCAUUCGUCUUGCGAGGUACCACUGUAUUGUCUGUCGCUCCGCAGCUAUAUCGUGAGUGACACACACUUCUGUCUAUCAUGAGGGACCACGGAGUGCACCUCUGAGGGUCAAACUGCUGGAGAAUCACAGCACCUGCUGUGGCUGCAGAGCCCGGUAGCUCAUAAUUGCUGCCACACACAUUAUUUCUGCAGCUGUAGCAGUACUGAAGUGACUCUCUGGGGCGCAAGCCUGGGCAAUGUGUAUGGAGGUCCUGGGCUGUCCAGAUGACAAUAACCCCCUCUCAGCCUCACUGAUGUGGUCCAAAGGAAAGCGGAGCAAUACAUUUGACACCAGCUUAGCUGCAGGAAUUGCCGGAAGGAGGCAUACAAGACACCAUCCAACCGUCUUAGGGACUCAACUCCAGAUUUGUGUAGGGUUUCCUCCUUAGCCUUUCCUUCUCCUGAAGAUGUCCCACAGGGCAGCGGGUACAGAUUGUUCCUCAGCGUUUCCUCUCAAAGUCUUUCUCAUGAGUGAAUGUAGUUGCAGGGCAGCAGAAGUUUAGGAACAGAGUUUUCCUUCUCCAAAAACACUAGCAUUUUAUUAAAUGCUUAUGUAAGAAAACCAUUCAGACAAAAUGGAAGCUGCUUAAUAAUUAGAUUGCAAAACCCUUAGCUAAACCUUCCUUGCACUUGUUUACAUAGGGAUGUAUAAGAGCAUGAGAAGAGCCUGCUGGAUCAGGCCAGUGGCUGACCGGAUGCCUGUCGGAAACCCACAAGCACAAGGGACUCGCCCUCCUGCGGUUUCCAGCAACUGGCAUCCAGAAGCAAACUGCUACCGAUGGUGGAGGAAGAACAUGGAAAGAGCCAUGCUAAACUAUUCCAAAAGAGGUCCCAUUCAGUCCACCAUCCUGCUCAAACAGUGGCCACACAGAUGUGAGAAGCCUGGAAGCAGGACCUGAGCACAGUAGCUCUCUCCCCUCCUGUGGGUUUCUAGCAACUGGUGUUCAGAAGCAUUGUCGCUGCCAACAGGAGGCAGAGCAUGGCCACUGUGGCUUGAAGCCAUUGAUAGCUUUCUCCUCCAUAAAUCUGUACCAUCCUCUUCAAGCCACCCAGUCCACUAGGCCACUUCAGAGCAGACCCACUGAAAUGAACAGUCAUCACUAAUUUAGGUGCUUUAAUUUCAGUGAGUCUCUUCUGAGCAAAACCUCAGUUGGAUUUGUUCUUUCAUUUCCUUUUCCUCUUUCUACUUCCCUAAGAUUUUAUCUUUCUGUUCCUCUUCUUAACAAUACUGGCAGUUGCAUGCCAAAAAAUGGUGUUGUGGGGGGCACAGGGGAGAGACACAGAGUUAACAGGAAAUAUGCUACCAAUGGCAUAAAUGCUUAUUUAGCAAAGGAUUGGAAGAUGGGGGGGAGGCUACCGUCUUUGGUAGAUUGGCUUCAAAGAUGCUGGCAUGUUGCUAAGUUAUGUAAAAUUGCACCAUCGUCACAUAGAUAUGGUUAGGGAUGCUGAAGGCCAUGUAAGUUAUUUUGGAAAGGUGGCAGGCGAUCUGUGAGGGGGUUUUGCUCUGGAAGGGGAGAAAUACGUUGGAAGGUGUGCGUCUCGAAGAUUGUCAGUGCUGCCCCUAGGAUGAGCUCAGGAGAAGACUGUAAGAGUGUGUGUGUAUGUGUAUGUGUAAUAUAUUAUUUUUAAUUGAUUCAAUUGGUAUCCCACCCUUCCUCCUGAAGGAGCCCAGGGCAGCAAACACGUCAGCAAUAUAUAUAUAUUUAAGCAUUCUAAAAACAGUUAACAACAGUGAUCGCAUGACGCCAGGAGCAGUGUAUUUCAGCCACUGAAUGUCUAGGUAAUACAGGAAUGCUUUUAGAUUCCUCCUCGUUCUGAUGGAGACAGGCACAUCUUAACAGGGAGGGCAUUCCACAAAUAGGGAGCAGCCACUGAGAAGGCCCUGACACAGAUCACCGCUAACCAAGCAGCCCCUAGUGGCAGCACCAGUAACAUCAUCUCACCUGCCAGUCAUACAGACCAUGAUGGCUCUCUCCAACUUUCGUGGUGUUCCUCUGAAUACCAGCUGCUGGAAAUUGCAGGAGGGGAGAGUUGCUGUUGUAUUCAGGCUGUGCUUGUGGGCUUCCCAUUGAGGCAUCUGUUUGGCCACUAUGAGAGCAAGAUGCUGGACUAGAUUCACCAUCGGCCGUAUCCAGCAGGUUUUUAUGAUAUUGGGGAAGGGGCUCUUUGUUUUAGACAUUUUUGCUGUAUGGUUGAAUUUGGCUAGCUUCAUUCACAUCUCAGGAAGGGGAGGGGAGUUGCAACCCCAGAGAGCUUGGUGGCUAUCAGUGCAAACUCAAGGAUAAGACAGCACAGGCCCUGAAUGUGGCUCUCUGGGUCCCUCUCUGGCCCUCAGGAGUCUCCCCAGGCCACUCCUCCCCUCCCUGGCCCGAAAUAUCUGAAAGAUAUUCUUCCCUACUGAUACUUUCAGGCAUUAAGAUCAGCAGAGGGGACCCUCUUUAUUUGUCCCACCACCCUCUUCAGCUUGGGCUGGUAAUGAUAAAAAUUGGUUGGAAAGGCAGCUAGAUAACUGAUCUGUUUUUUCCCUAGAAGUCUGGUAACCUGGAAAGGGUGGCCUCUGCUUGGGACAUUUAAUAUGUGACUGCCUUAAUGGCAAACACUUUUGGUACAUUUGAUCUGUUUUAAUGGAUGUUUCGUUUCAAUGGUUUUUACUGUGCGUUUCCCCCAUCUCUGUCCCCAUGACAGAGCAAUUCAUAAGAUGAAUAAACAGAACUGAAGAACUGGGUAUAAAAUCUCUUUCAAAAUUGCUUCAUUCUUCUUCCCCUGCCCCCACUUUCUUCAUCUGCUAUAGAAGUUCCACAGCGAUGACCCCCAGGAAGUGCGACGCAGAGCCACCAUCUUGCAGACUGAAUUCGAGAAUUACGUCCACUCUAAUGCAGAAACUGUUCAGCGGGCCAAAAAAGGUUAGGAGUCUUUUUGUUUUUGAUAAUCUUAGAAUGUAAUCUUUUUUUUUCGUUUUAGCAGGAGAAGAGGGGGUGAUGAAAAACAUUUUUUACUAUUGCAUCAUUCAGUGGUGUUUCUUAAAACAUUAUUAUAUUUUAUAUUCCAUCCUUCCUUCUGAAGGAGCCCAGGGCAGCAGUCAGGGUAACAGAACACAAUUAAAACUCCCCAAAACAACCUUCUGAAACCAACUAAAACCUUCUAAUAGGUUUAGGUGAAAUGCCAUAGUGCUAACUCUGUCAUAACCAAGUUCAGCUUUCAACAGCCAACCCUAUAUAGGGCAAGGACCAUAGCUCAAUGGUAGGGCAUCUGCUUUGGAUGCAGGAGGUCUCAGCUGCAGCCCUCAGCAUCUCCAGGUAGGGCUGAGAGAGCCUUAUGUCUGAAAUCCUGGAAAGCCACCUCCAGUCAAUGCAGAGAACACCAAGCUUGAUGGACCAAUGGUCUGACCCUGUAUAAGGCAGCUUCCUAUGUUGUACACUUAGAUGUACACCCUCCCCUCCUCGGCACGAGAAUGAAUUCCACCCUCUUGCUUUAACCACAGUUAAGCUGAACACUGCAACUAAACUAUGGUUAGUUGAAAUCAGAAGCAAAAUCAUACUUUCCUGGCAUCUCGGAAAGGUCUUUCCAUCAUGCUACUAUGAUUCAGCAUGGGGGUAACUGAACUUUUUAAGCCCAAGAGUGAAUCUGCAAACAUCACAGUCACAAUUUGCAAACACAACAACCAAUCACAAAAAGCAACAUAUUCUAUUGGCUGCAAGAGAACACUGCUUUCAGGCCCAUUUUCAGCAGGAGGAAGAGCCACGAAGAAACCUUCUAAAGUUUGAUCCCAAGGCCACUCCCCCCCCCUUUUCCUUUUCCUACUCUGCUGUGGAACCAUUGGCACACAACCAGUCCGGAAUAUGAUUUCUCCCCUCACAUCCCAUUUUACGGACAAGAAAACAGUGACCCUCCAAAUUCUGCAGUCUUCAGGAUUUGCUUGGUGGGACUGGGCAUAAUUGACCGGCAGGCAUCUUCUUGGCCGCGUUCUACACCAUCAACAGUGGCACAAGAUAUCAAGGGUGGGGGUGGGGAGAGGCUCUUACAUUACCAAACCCAUAUUGGUGCUCGCAGUUUAUGCAGUUGAGGGCUCCAUAAAGGCAGAUGCGAUUCUCUUCUUCCGUGCCAGAGCCUGAACCUUUAUGCAGUGCUGGAUGACUGCAGAGGGAGAGAUACCAGCCCUGCAUUUCCCAUGAAUAUCUUAAACGCUUCCCUUUCUAUCUCCCUCGCCCUCUGUGUUUUCCCAGUUUUGCGUCCCAUGCAAAGGUGGCUCCUCCUUGCCCUUCCUCCAUCGCCCCGUCUUUCUUGCUGUCUGCAUAUGCAGGAUUUCCAAACACCGGCUGGCUUCCAUAAACCUCCCUCCAUUCUUCCUCCUCUGUUGAAGCCAAGGAUGGUGAAUAAUUAACGCGGCAGCUGGCUCUCCUGUUUAUGGCAGGAAAUCAAACGGAAACGAUGCCAAAUGCACAGUUCUCUCUCUCUUUCUUAGCCUUCUCUCCCCACCCCAAGCUCUUCGCUUCAAUUUAUGUUUUGACCUGGUCGAUGUUGGUAGCCAGCGUUGCCUCACAGAACCCCUUCCCAAAGGAGCGGCUACUUUUAAAAAAUAUCUGGCUGUUCAUCCUCACUCUGUUCUUUAGGAAGGGCCCAUAGCUCAGUGGCUAGAGCCAGGAUGGAAACCCUUCUUGCAGUCCAAGGGCUGUGUUUCCUCCUGUAGAACUUUUUGGGGGAACGUGUGGAGACUUGACCACCACCGUUUUCCUAACUCUCUUUCCCUUGUGGCUGUGGGGAACACGGGUGGCGCUGUGGUCUAAACCACUGAGCCUCUUGGGCUUGCCGAUCGGAAGGUCGGUGGUUCGAAUUCACGCAAUGGGGUGAGCUCCCAUUGCUCUGUCCCAGCUCCUGCCAACCUAGCAGUUCGAAAGCAUGGCAGAAGUGCAAGUAGAUAAAUACCGUAUUUUUCGCACCAUAGGACGCACCGGACAAUAGGACGCACUUUGUUUUAGAGGGGGGAGAAAAAGAAAAAAAAAUUCUCCCCCUCUCUGCCCAGCGCCCCUUCAGCGAAGCGGCAGGAGGCGCUGCGCAGAGAGGGGGAGACCGUUCCCCCUCUUGUUUUCCCCCUCUAAAACAAGGUGCCGUUUAAGGUGCGUUCAGGCGGCUACCUUGGAAGCCUGGAGAGCGAGAGGGGUCGGUGUGCACUGACCCCUCGCGCUCUCCAGGCAUGAGGUUCCUUUCGACCUGCUCUUUAGGGAUGGCAGGGGGAAGCCCACCACCAGCCCCAAAGAGCAGGUCAGGGAGCAGCGGAAAGGCGGGAGAGGGUCGCGGGGCUAUGGCUUCUUUAGCCCCGCGCACGCUCUCCCGGCUGGAGAGGUGACGCGCGGCUAUAGAGGCUCCUGCCAUAGCCGCGCGUCACCCCUCCAGCCGGGAGAGGGUCGCGGGCCUAUGGCGUCUUCGCUCCAUAGGACGCACACACAUUUCCCCUUCAUUUUUGAAGGGGGAAAAGUGCGUCCUAUAGAGCGAAAAAUACGGUAGGUACCACUCCGGUAGGAAGGUAAACUACGUUUCCAGGCGCUGCUCUGGUUUCGGUGUUCUGUUGUGCCAGAAGCGGCUUAGUCAUGCUGGCCACAUGAUCCGGAAAAACUGUCUACGGACAAACACCGGCUCCCUCAGCUUGUAAAGCUAGAUGAGCGCCGCAACCCCAGAGUCAUCUGCGACUGGACUUAACUGUCAGGGUACUUUUUAGAGCAUCUGCUUUGCCCACAGAAGCCCCCAGAGUUCAAUCACCAGCAUCUCCAGAUGGUUGAGAACUCUUUGUCUGAAAUCCUGGGGAGCUGCUGCCGGUCAUUGUACACAGUGCUGAGCUAGAUGGACUAGUGGCCUGACUGUGAACGACCUUCCUACAUUCCUGUUUGAAGCACCAUGGCUUCAUUGCAGAGCACCUGCUUUGCAUGCAGAAGGUCCUGGUUUCAAUCCAGGUAGGACUGGGAGAAACCUCCUGUUUGAGAGUUGCUGGAGAGCUGCUGCCGGUCAGUGUAGACAACACUGAGCUGUAUGAACCAAUGGGCUGACUCCGUAUAAAGCACUGGGAAUUGUGGGGGCAGAUUUAAAAUGGCAGGCACUGUGAUUCUCCAACAGUUUGACUUCACCCCCAGAGGCGCACUCCAUUGUCUUUCAAGACAGAUGGAUGCCAACAAGUAAAAAGGGGGGAGGGGGAGGAGGAGAAGAAGCAGCAGCAGCAGAAACCCAAAAAUCUGAAAGAGAUUGAUUAUACCCUUUUUAGCAUGGAUUGGGAAUGUGCAAAAUCAACAAACUUACUCCAAACCUUGAUGACAAAUUGACAAUUUCAACUGCUUUUCAUACAUUUGACUUUUACGUGCCCAAAGAUAAUAUGCAAAGUUAUGCAUUACAGUGGUACCUCAGGUUAAGAACUUAAUUUGUUCUGGAGGUUCGUUCUUAACCUGAAACUGUUCUUAACCUGAGGUACCACUUUAGCUAAUGGGGCCUCCCGUUGCAGCUGCAUGAUUUCUGUUUUCAUCCUGAAGCAAAGUUCUUAACCCAAGGUACUAUUUCUGGGUUAGCGGAGUCUGUAAUCUGAAGCGUCUGUAACCUGAGGUACCACUGUAUAGCUGUACUCCAGAUCCCACAGAACCAAUCUGACAGAGGUGAAGUUACUUUGAAUUGCAUAUAACCAAGUUCCACUGAGAGUGGCCCUAUGGACCUAAGUGAGCCAUGUCCAUUAGUUUCAAUGGGGCUACACUGAGUAGGACUAACAUUGGAUACCCCUCCCUCGCCCUGCAAUUCAUGGGAUCUGUCAUAUUAGCUACCAUUAGUAGUUGCUGCCCUCCCCGCAAAGAUUGACCACGGCAUGCUCAAUUCUGUGUUCUGGUGGGAUGCACAUUCAAACUGGGUGCAAUGAGAAAGGGGGGACCAUUUCAGUCAUGGCUCCAGAAUAACCUCCUAAAGGAGGUUUGCCAGCCAUGUAGCUUCCUUGCUAUUCGGGUGAGAGUCUCUAUUGGUAGUUACCACAUAGCUCAUGUGCACCAGGAACUGUGCAUUCAUUAUUGUAAAUCCCCCUUCCAGCUGAGAUCAGACAGCCCCCCCCCCCGCCUCCCUGCUGAACUUCAGACAUUUAAUGUAGACCUUUCUAUUCAGAGUUGUGCUGUGCCUUUUUAUGGGGUGGGGAUUACCUAUGAACCAGGGUUGUUGUUUUUUGAAUGCCACAUUAAUCUGAUUGAUUAAUUGUUUUAUUGAUUGCUCUGUAAGCCUCUUGUGACCAUCUACGGUCAGGCUGUUGAGUAGGGGAGACAGUGGUACUGAACCUGCUGGCUGCUUUUUUCAUAGUUCUCUGCCUCUGCCUUUUUAAAUAAGGUUUUUAGAUAAAGGUUUCCCUGAUGUUUUCUGUAUUGUGGUCAUUCACCUUGAGCUCAGGAGGGGAAAACACAGGUGUGCAUACCCACAAAAAUGGCAGACUCUGACUUGUGUUUCCAGUUUUUUUCCUCCUCCCUGCCCAAUAUGGACUAGGAACUUGCUUUGUGUGGUGGAGCAGGAAAGAAACAGAGACAUGUAGGCCAGCCCGGAGCAUUUCUGUGCUUUGAACCGAGCAACUCUUGUCCAUGUGGCUUUUGAACCACCUGUAUGAUGAAGUUGGGCCUGAAGUCGUGACUGAACAUCUUAAAAUAUCAAACAUUACCUUUAGAAAGGUUGGCAACUCACCCCCCGCCCCCGCCGGUAAUUUCCCCUCUCUUUCUUCCUGUGUUCCCCCUCCCCCGCCAGACAGGUCUCUAAAAAAUUGAUGAUGUGAAAUGAGAAGAAGGGGUUGCAACGCUCUCUCCUUCGUUACUCCCUCAUUGAUUGGGAAAUGGUGUUCGCUUUGCUUGGCAAACAGAGCUUUGAUGGAUUCCCAGAGUCCUUCCAGGAACUGAUCUCGCUAAAAUGACAUUUUUAUUACUGUUCGUAAACCCCAAUCUCCUGCCACCCCUGAGAGAUUAGGCUUAAGCUGUGGGCAAACGUGCUGGUCUACUGACUCAGUGAGGAAGGGCAAAAGAGACUGGUGGGGGAGCAGUGUUAGGUUUCGAUGCAGUUAAGGGACUGGGGUGGUCUGGGGUGGGGAGGCAGGGGUCUGAGAUGAGGGUAGGGAGAGAAAGUGGGGAGGGGUCCUGAGCUGCAUGGCUGGGAUUUAUUUGAAAACCAGAAAUGUGAGAAUUCUGGGGUGAGAAUUGGAGGGGAACGAGAACUGGGGGCUAACCCUGCAAAUCAUGAAAUCUUUAGUGGCCUCCUUUGCAAGUACAGCCAUACCUCAUGUUACAUCCGCUUCAUGUUACAUUCUUUCAGGUUGCGUCCCGCGGUGACCCGGAAGUACCAGAAAGGGUUACUUCCGGGUUUCGCCGCUUGUGCAUGCGCAGAUGCGCAAAAUGACGUCACGCGCAUGCGCAGAAACGGCGAAUCACAACCUGUGCAUGCGCAGACGUGCCGCUGCGGGUUGUGUUCUUUUCAUGUUGCGAAUGGGCCUCCGGAAUGGAUCCUGUUCGCAACCAGAGGGACCGCUGUCUACGUACCUACAUAGUUUUAUUUGUAUGUCAGCUUUCUACAGUUCAAACCACGCUCAAGGCGUCUUACAGCAUGAAAAGAAUUCAUAACUACAACAUAGCAGAAGUAGUCAUGAACAAUAAAUAAAACAUUUUUUAAAAUAAACAACCGGACUGAACAGUUUCCACAUAAAUUAUAAGAGGUGAAAUAAAAAUUUAAAAAAAACCUCAACAGCGACAACCCGCCAAAACACCCCAGGCCAGGAAUCUGUUAAGCAGCCUCAGCCCCUAUAUCUUAUCUGGAGUUGGGCUAUACCCCCAGGCCAGGAGGAAAACGGUGUGCAAGUCUUCCAGGACUCAUAGCCAAUAGUUUAGAAGUGAUUAGUGGACAUUGCAGUAGCUGUCCCUAUGGUGGCCUGCAAGAGUCACGCAAGGCAUUUGUUUGGUUUUUUAAAAGAAGUGUUCGUAAUUUGAUGGUAUGUGACUGGCUUUCUGCAUAUGCUUAGUGGACAUUGCAUCUGUUUUGGAGGUGAUCUUGAGCUCAAAUGAAGAGUGUCCCAACAGGGAGAUAAUCUCACCUGAGAGGCGAUGGCACGUAAUCCCUUUUGCAAAGGAAAAUUCCCAACGGCCACAUUCAUUUUUCUUCCUCCCUUUUCCCUCCAGCUCUGCAGUCUUUCAUCCGGUCGUAUGCAACCUACCCAGCCAGCCUCAAGCACAUCUUCCACGUCAAGUCUCUCCAUCUGGGCCAUGUGGCAAAGAGCUUUGGGCUCCGGGACGCCCCUAAGAAUCUCAGUGCCACCUCUGCCUUCCCAAAGCAAGCAAAGAACCAGAAGCAGAAAAGGUAAAGGCUCAACUGUGCUUUCCAACUCAGUGUGCGGGUUUGACACAGGAAUAAUGGGAAACCGGUGGCCUUCCAGAUUUGCAUCAGCCCUUGCAGCUAACAUGACGAGCCGCUGGGGAUAAUGGAAGCUGAAAUUCAGGAGCCUGUGGAGGGUCACAGUCUCCUCCAUUCCAGAUUGAAGCAGCAGCAUUGCCUACUGCAUACAGCGAAUGGAGGGAUGCCUCUGUUUAGAAGAGACAAUCCUUCAGGAAAAAGGGGGGAUACCUCUUCUUCAAUUUGGGGUGGGGAACCUGCAGCCCCUCUAGAUGUGGUUGGACUACCCCAAGUCCCAACUGUACCAGCUAGCAUGGCCCAAUGGUCAGGGAAGAAUAGGCGCUUGGAGUUCAAUAUAUUUUAGAGAUUCCCCAGUUCUGCUUUAACCUGUAGAGCCAUAGGCAAGACCCUUCCCCAUUUCAGCUGUUCCUCCUCUCAAUACAGCAAUGUACAUCUACCCAAAGGAAGCCUUUCUGUGUUAACACUUGUUUUGUGUGCUUGCAUACAGCAUGAUUGGUGCAUGAGCAGAAAGGACCCCACACUCAACGCCAGACUCAUGCACUCCUCUCUUCCUCCACCAGGAGGAGGUCUUUGCCAGAGUUAGGAGUUCAGGAAGCUGCCUCAUACUGAGUUAGACCAUUGGUCCAUCUAGCUCUGUAUUGUCUACCAGGGGUAGCCCUAAGUGUGGUGCUUUUCAGCAGUUUUGGAUGGCAGCACCCAUCAGCCCCCAGCCAAGAUGUCCAAUGGUCCAGAGCGAUGUGUCUGCCUCUCCUUGACCUGCUGCCUGUCAGUGCCAUUGGGUCACCUCAGACUCUACCAUUCAGUGGAUAAAAUCCUAAAUAACUUAGGCCAAAAAUAUCUGAGGGACUGCCUCCUUCCAUACUGACCCUCUUGGGUGCUGACAUUGGCAGAGGGGAUGCUCUUGGUAGUUACACCACUAAGUUGCGACGGGUGGCAGCCAAGGAGAGGGCCUUGCUUGUCUGUAACAGACCCUAAGCUGUGGAACUCCCUCCGCUAAGGGGUGAGUGGCUUCUUCACUCUACAGGCGAAUGCUGAAGAUGCAUCUCUUUACCCUGAGACACCUGAGAUGUGCCUUUUCAGGGCCCUGCCAUUCCUGUGACCGUAAUCUGUUUUAAACUUUUGAAUCCUGAAUUUUAAAGUGUUGCAGCCUGCCCUGGGACCUGCUUUUUGUCAUCAUCAUCAUCAUCAUCAUCAUCAUCAUCAUCAUCGUUUUAGAGUGUGAGGAAAUCCAGUCUCUCUGCACCUUUCUGAAUCCUCACCACUCUGCCACCAUGUUUAUUCCCAAGCCAUGAAUGCUCUCCUCUUUUAGCAUUCAUGUUUAGAUAAGAGGCCCUAUCAGAUUGCUCUUUUAAAAAAAUCUUCAACUGUGGGGUAUUCUUUUUAAGUGUGCUUUUUUUUUUCUAAAUCAUACUUUUUAAUCCAUGCAUAUAUACUGCUCUCUAAACCACCUUUGCUUUAAUUCAAAGAAAACCAUGUUAAGAAACAACUCCCAAACGACUUUCUUCUUCUUUUCCUUCACUUUCUUUCAAUUUCUUCCCUUUCUCUUUCUUUGCUGUUUCGUUCUUGACCUUUUCUCCCAAGCCCACCUUCCUUUUCGCAAAUAUCAGUGUUGCUUUUCUCAGUUUUUCCUUUUAUUUCUUUCCUUGGGUCCCUCUCUUUUUUUGUAUAUACUCCAUUGCUGCAAAAUUGUUUCAAAAAACCAACAACGCUCCAAUCUGCGCAAAGCGUCGGCUGUUCAGUUAUAAAGGCCCCCUUAAUCCAUGUCACGAUUUCCUGGGGCCGCUGACAUCUUUAGCUUGGGCCAUCCGAGAAGCAAAAUUAAAGAAACGAAGUAUGUUUUUUGGGGGGGGUGCAGGAGGAUUGGGUGGGGGACGGGACUCACAGAGCAGUUGUUGGGAGGGGAUUCAGGACUAAACGCAUUGUCCCUGCCUUUUUUCUCCCUGUGGACUGCUUCUGCUCACCCUCACCAGCAGAUGGGCAGCAGGACAGGAAUGCCCCAGCGAGCAGGGGAUUUAACGGAGCUUUAUUUAGCUAAGAAUAGCCUGAUUAGCUGAUAAAGAGCAUGUAAGAUGGUAUGGGGCAGGCUUUGAUGUCUCCUUAGCCCAGCAGGGAACGGGGUGAUGACUGACACCAACAGUCUCACUGGAUUACAGCAGGUGGGGACAAUGUCUCCCUCUGUUCCUGAGAUGUUGUUUCUCUGUUAAAGCUAUCCCCCCCCCUCGCUUCUUUUCCAGAGGUGGCAUGUUAGGGGGCCCUUUCCAUCCCUCCCAGUUGUGGGGGGGGGGGAGAAAAGCUUGCAUUGCCAUUUCCACAAACGUAGCAGAGAGCAAAAACUGGACAGCAGCUCGGGAGCCAUCAGGAGAGAUGGGGGGUGAUUAAUGUUUCCAACCAACCCCCUUCCUGAUCUAAAGAGAGCCAGUGGGUGGCAUCUUGGAACAAAGAGACCCACCAAGUUCAGAUCCCUAUAACCAGUGCUAUUUUUUAGAAAAAGAGGUGCCGGAACUCACCCUGAAUGCCUCCCUCGUUCUCUUAGAAUGGCAAUGGCACCCAUCCGAGAGGUGCCGGGACAGAGCUCCAGUGAGUUUCUGGCCAAAAAGAAAGCCAUGCCUGUUAUACUCACCUGAUCUGCCUAACCUACCUCACAGGGUGGCUGUGAAGAUUAAAGGUGGGAGAAGCAACUCGGCAUUCCUGAGCUCUUUGGGCAAAGAGCAGGAUAAAAAUUAGGAGUAAGGUUAUUAUGCCCCAUCCCGCUUCUCCAAGCUGCUGUUUCGUCCCACUGGGAGAGAUAUUCAUGGAAGUACUGUCAUUCUCCCUACAGGAAUAUAGUACAGUGGUACCUCAGGUUAAGUACUUAAUUCGUUCCGGAGGUCCGUUCUUAACCUGAAGCACCACUUUAGCUAAUGGGGGCCUCCCACUGCCGCCGCACCACCAGAGCACGAUUUCUGUUCUCAUCCUGAAGCAAAGUUCUUAACCCGAGGUACUAUUUCUGGGUUAGAGGAGUCUGUAACCUGAAGCGUCUGUAACAUGAAGCGUAUGUAACCCGAGGUACCACUGUAGAUUCAUGAGGGGUGUGUACUUUUGAUCAGAGGUGUUUCCAGAUUGAUCUUUUUAGUGCUUUUGCUAGGGCUUCCCUCUCCACCCCAUGAGUAGUUUUUCAUUUUUAAAUUCAUAUUCAAGUAGAUGCAGGUUUUAAUUGAAUUGUUAAUAGAUAGGCGGUCUAACACUUGUGAUUAAUUGAUCUAAAAUUUCUUUUAAGUGGGUAACAGUACCAUUAUUUUAAAAAGAAUUUCUGGAGGGUAUAAUUCCAAGCUGAAAGGUCUGGCAAAAAAACCCCUGUUGCCUGCUGUUUUCGUUAUUUUUACAGGAUUUUAUAUUCUGAAACUUUUGCUGCUUUGCAUAAUUUAUUCUGGCUUGCCUAGGCACAGGGUGGGGGUGGGGAGAGAAACUAGUCAGAGGCAUGAAACCCCACACUCUGAAAACAUUAUUCAGUCCCCCUAUCUAGCUGACUAUCUAUCCCAGCUCCCCAGAUCUCCCUACAUAUUGCUCACAGGUUUGGAAGUAUGCCUAAUUUAUUUUAUUAUUUAGGUAAUUUUAUUUAUUCAUUCAUUCAGCCAGUCAUAAAAUUUUAAUACUGCUUAAUAUAAUAAGUCUCUAUGCGGUUUGCAUAAAAAUAUACCCAAUAACAUUUAGUAAAAAAUCCUAAAAACUAGAUUAAAAAACAGAGCAAAGCUCUACAUCACUCUCUCACACACAAAUAACAAAUAGUUUGGCCUCCAUAAGGACUAGAAACUUGCUCAGUUUUUAUUAUUUUUAAUUAAGCAGAUAUUCUUCAGAAGCUGCAUCCUGCACCCAAAAACAUAUUUGUUGGUAGUGGUUGUUGUGGUGUCUGCACAGGUAAGCCUGUGUGGAGUUGGCACAGCUGUGGAAUGUGUAUUUUUUCUCCCUGUGUUAAGAAUCAAUACCUCAGAAAGGCAUGAUCCGUGUAGUACAGAGUCCUUUACUAUAUUUGAAAUCUGGCCCUGAAAUUUUGCCUGAUUAUUCUUAUUUUUAAAAAAGAAGAAAUAUGUCCAAGACUAGGCAUAUUCUACAAGUACAAAAACAGUGGUUUGUCUCCAGUUAACAAACUCAGAGUAGACCCAUUAAAGUUAAUGAGCCUAAGUCAGCCAUGUGUAUUCAUUUCAACUGGUCUACACUGAGUAAUAACUAACACUCUAUACAACUCAAUUUCUUCUCAAAUUGUUUUGUUAAAAACAAAACCAACAACUAUGGGUUUAUAGUCCUUCAGCUUGCAUGAUCAAAAUGAGAGCAGGCCUCAAAUUUUAGCUUUUGCAGAUUACUCCCAAUUGCCCCCAAUACAGAACGAUCAGGUCUACUUAAACGCAAGUCACACACAGCCUCUUCUGCAUUGCUUUUUGAGUAAUGAGAGAGAAGUUGGCCCUUGUCGGGGACAAACAUGUGGAAGAGGGUUGUGAGAGAGAAAGAGAAGUACAUUGCAUGAGCAGACCUAACAUCCUAACGCUCUUUGAACUUUUCUCUUUGGCCAGUUUUUUUUUUUUUUUUUGAGUGGGAGGCAGGCACAGCCCCCUUAGAGGACGGACUCUCUCAGGCAAAGAAGCCCUCCCGGGCCAAGCUGCAGCUGUAGAGCUUUCCCCCUGCAAAGCAAUCGCCUCGUCGUCAGAUUGGAGUCCUUUUUCAGCUGCCAAUUUCCUUGUGGCAUUUGCUGCUUCCUUAAUAUCACUUAAUUAGUGGCAGGGAAAGCUUGGAGCCUGGCCCAGGGAGGAAUUUGGGGCGUUUUCCCCCUCCUCUGGAUGGUGCUCUGCUGCAGAAAUAAAUAGAGUCCGGCUGGUGGGGGGAGCUUUGAGACUAGAGAAGAGUCGGGCCAAGUGCAAGAUCAAGAAAGGGGUUCGUUUUGCAAGGGAGAGGCUGGUAUCAUGGAGGGAGAGGGCUGUCAAUGGCUACCAACCACAGUGUCUAUUGCUGUUUCCCCACAGUUGGGGGCAGCAACGCUUCUGAAUGCCAGUUGCUGGAAACUGCUUAAGGAGAAAGUGUUCUUGUGCGGAGGUCCUACUUGCUUGUAGUUAGGCUUGUAGUUAGCCACUAUAAGAACAGGAUCCUGGACUAGAUGGGCCAUUGGCCCGGUCCAUCUGGCUCUUCUCGUGUUUUUACAAUAUAAGAGGCUUGAUGGGUGGUUUGAGACAGAGACAUAGUUAGGGGGGCGCACUGGGUGCCACACCGCAGGGAGUAACACUUACUGCGGGGCCUGCAGUGCACCCAAGCCACACGUCUCUCCUGGGAGUGACAUAGUGGUUUGGGCGCCUGCAGGCUCUGCCAUGCCCAAAAGGGCAGUGUGGGACUUGUGUCUGCCCGCUGCCUCCCCCUCAGUUCCUUGGAGGCUCCGCGGCAUGCCCCGCCCUAUGGGUGGCCUGCCCUGCCCCCGGGUGCAGGGUGCAUGCCGCCCCAGGCGGCCAAGCGGCUAGCUACGCCGCUGAGCCUCAGUAGGGGACCCACAGCUCUUUUUCAUCAGUGCAUUGCUCCCUGCCUAAACGUUCUGCUUCAUAUUUUCUCCUUUCUUCACCCUUUUCAACCUGGAUGGGGAAUCUGCAGGUGUCUACAUCAUGGGCAGUCCAAAUUUGCAGUCCCAAAACUCCCACCAUCAUCCCUGACUGUUGGCCCGGGGCUGAAGGGAUUUGGAGUACAAUACCAGGAUUGGGCCACAGGUUCCCUAUGUAAUGUUCUCAACUCUGUUUCCAUUAUUUUUUCCCUAGACUGCACCUCUGCUUGUGCCUUUCAGAUGUUGUUGGAUUCCAACUCCAGUCAGCCCCCAAACCCCGCCAAAGAGCAUGGCCAGUAGCCGGGGAUUAUGGGUGCUGGAGUUCAGCAUGGGCCUCUGAGGCCAGGCCAUCCCAGUUCAGGAGUGGCCUAAACUGGGCAUAAGCACUCCUAUUUACAGAAGUCACAAGACUCCAGGGACAAGAUGUAAUCUAGGAGCACACCCAGACUAUAUAGUUUUCGCCUUCAAAACGAUGUACAGCCCCUUUGAGCAUACCUGGGGGUUGACCAGGUUGGCCCUCACCAAGGGCCCAGGCCCACGGUGUGUGUGCAAAAAAUGUGCUUCUCCACCCUGGCUGGGAGUGGCUAGGAGCCCACUUUCCCACCCAUGCACUCCCUGCGCUGCUCUGGGCAGCCAACAUGUCCUUGCCAAGGUGCAGUAGAUGGGAGGGGGAUGCACUGGUGCAGCUCCUUGUGAAGAGUGCAAGGGAGCCUAAGUAUGUCUCUGCUUCUGAGAACAAGUUCUUCAUCUAAUUCCCAGAGUCACAAAACACCCUCCAACUGUAUGGCAUCAGGUUUGUGAGGAAACAGACUCUCAGGCCAAGUUUGGCCCAUGGGCCAGAGGUUCCCCACCCCUGACCCUAGGAAGGAGUCGCAGAUUGCAGCAUUACUGGACCUUUUGCCCUGCAGGCUGCCCCUUUCGCCUCCACCAGUGUGUUGAUGCUGUGUCCUGAUUUGAUGAGAACAUACUUUUUUUAAAAAAAAUAAAACCUUUCCGAGAUAUGCCUUUCAGCGUCAGCCAACGUUGCCAUGUAGUGGAGACAUCUGCUAGGUUGUCUGAAGGAGCAUAUCUCAGUUGAUAGAUGCUAUGCCCCACUCCUACUGCUGCCACCAUCCCUCCCCGUAUGACACUCCCAUCCCCCCCCCUUCACAGCACACAUCAGCCACAGAUGGCUCAUUUGACUCAGUGGGUAGAAAAGCAGGUGUUCAGAUAGCAUUAAGCCAGAGGUAUCCAAGCCUCAUUGCUUGGCACUGCCAGCCACCGGAUGGGGCAAGCAGUGAGGAACCUCCAUCAAAUGGAUUGACGGCAUGAUCCGUGUUGAAAACAGUCCCUGAUAAAUGGCGGCCUCUUCUCCAGAGACGCACCACGGGUCCAAGAGGGGCGAGCGUCACCACUGUUUUUGGCAAUUCAAGGCUGGCUGUGUUGCAUGUGCAUCAGCAAAAAGAGCAUUUGAGCCCACCACAGGGCUGUUGUCGCUUCCCACCCUUAUUUGUGACAGUCUGUUUUUGUUUUGUUUUUAAAGCCAUUCUCCUGCACUCAAUAGCUAAUAUCUCCCAAAGUAGUGUACAAAACUACAUUUAAAGACCAUCAGUAGUAUGUGAUGUUAGACUUAGAGCAGACCCAUCAACUAACCUGGGUAAAUUAAUUUCAGUAGAUCUACUCUGGGUAGAAUUUAACUUGAAUGCAACCCUGUAAAUCCACGUAAAAAUAAAUGACAACUCGAAAGCAGCAGAAUUAAUAUCCCAGCCAACUCAAAAGCUACUUGGGAAAUAAUGGUCUUGACCUGCCUUUUGAUAGGACAGCAGAGAGGUAAAGGAAGGACAUUCAGACCUCCUGGGGGAGUUCCAAAGCAUGAGGGGAUGCAACUGAAAAGACCCUGCAGCCUGCUGAGGGUCUCACUCUAAAAUCUGCUAGGAAGAGAUUGCAGUGGUGUAUGUUUAUUUAUUACAUUUACAUCCCACCUUUCCUCCAAGGAGCUCAAGGUGGCACGCAAGGUUCUCUCUCACCUCAUUUCAUCCUCACAACAACCCUGUGAGGUAGGUUAGGCCUUGGGUCCUCUUACCCAGCAAGUUUCAUGGCUGAGCAGGGAUUCGGAUCCUGGUUUCCUGGGUCCUAGCCCAACACCCUAACCACUGGCUUUCAUGCAUGUUGCCUCCAUCUUCUCCCCAAAACAACCAUGUGGGGUAGGCUGAGGCAGGUGCAGCACCCAUUCCAGGGCAAUAGCCAAGACCCCUCUCUAAGCCUAUUUAAAGAAAAUUCAGCUAGGCACUCCAUGCAAGAUCUGACUUCCCAUUUUCAUAUCCCACCCUCCCCUCAGUGUAGUGCUGCUCCAGAGCAGGGAUGGAGGAACAACUGGCCCUCCAGAUGUUGUUGGACUCCAACUCCCAUCAGCCCUAGCAUCCAGCAUGGCCAACAGUCGGGGAUGAUGGGAGAUGUAGUCCAGCAACACCUUGAGGCAGCACUUUGGCUGUCCCUUCUUCUCUUCAUCACUAGAAGAACAGUUGUUCUAGUGAGGCAAAAAUAUUGGUCCUGCCUUUUUGAGACAGCUGAAAAAUCCAUUUUACAUUGUUUGUUGUUGUUGUUGUAUUUAUAUACUCGUGUUUCUUCCAAGAUGGGAUCAAGCCAGCUUCCAACAUUAAAAAACAUCACUAUGAAAUGCAAAGUGAUACAAAGAAACUAGUUAAUAACAAUAGCACAUUUAGAGCCAGCCAUUCAAAUCCACUUUGCCCUGACCGUAGCCCAGUGAUCAGCAUCGCCUGCACUUUGUUUUCAAAGGCUCAUCUGAACAGGAAGGUCUUUGCCUGCCAGCGGAAGGAAAGCAAAGAGGGAGCCAGUCUGACCUCUCUUGUGAGGGAAUCCUACAAUAUAGGACGUGCUCCAAACCCAAGUCCCUCUUAUAACAGUUCCUGAAGAGAGGGGCUGGUGGGCAGGUGCAGCAUAUCACAUCCCAUAUAUUUACUAUUGGAAAAACAAGGGAGCUCUUUUUUAAAACAUGAGAGUUGAGCGAAGGUAUGAAAUGUCUCCAUGGUUCAGCUGUGCUUUGCUUUUUCCUCAUGUGUGAACUGCUGUUCUCUUUCACCUGCACACCUGUUGUGCAUUCACACCUCAAGGAUGUCUGCAAUAAGGCUUGCUUUUGAAAGAGGGAGCUGUAUCUUACCAUCUCUUUUGAGAAAGAGAGAGAGAUAUUAGGAUUCUGUUGACCCUAAGUGUAUGACUACUCAGGAGAUGGAUUUUCAAGGUAAGAACUCAAGGAAGGAGACUAAGCCAGUGGAGUCCGAUCCGACAGGAUGAAUGGAGCUCUUUUCCCUGCACCAACCUCAUUCCAUCCUUGGCCAGCUCCCUGCCUGGAUAUUCUGGGGAUUGAAUCUGGGACUUUCUGCUUGCAAAGCAUGUGUUCUGUCACCACAUUAUUGUUCUACAUCUAAAAAUAAAGUAAUGUUCCAGCCUUCAUGAUGCUGGGAUCUUCUGCAUGCACUGCCGAAAUCCUAAUCUCCCCCGUCCCCACAACUGCUAUUUAAUUUUAGAAAAACAAACAAACUUGCAUAUGUUAAUCAUGUAAUGAAUGGCACAUCUUGUUUGGCCCAAAAUUCCACUUUGGUGAGACUUUCUUCAAAGUGGGAACCUUGAGGAGUGCAUACUUAAAUUUUAAAAUCCAACAGUGUCUCCUUGUAAAACCAAAUGCUUUAAAAAGUUUUCUCCUUCCUUAUCUCUCUCCUUUCUUUUGCCCAGGCGUGAGUUUCUUCUCAAGAAAACUCGGGGCAAGCGCCGUCUGGCCGAAAUCUUGCAGUCUGAAUACUCAAGUGGUUUGGACAUGGUUGCAUCUAAGGUCAAGAGGAAGAAAAAGCUGGCCAGCCUGGAAACUGAAAGAUGAGCCAGAAAUUCUCAGCCUCUCCCAAGACAGCUGAGACUCACGGUAGCAGCAAUCUGGGAGCAUCACCAAAAAUUGAGGUGCUUCUUCCUCCACAACCCCCUUUUCAAAGCCUGCUCCAGGGAAAGGGAAAGCAAAAUUAAGAACAGCAUUGUCCUGUAUGAAAUUUAAGGUGUGCUGAUUGUAACAGCUUCUAACCAAAACUUUCUUUUUUGGGGAGUGGGGUUAUGAAUGCAGAGUGGAGCCUGCAACCCCUGAAACGGUGGUAAUGGUGAAAGUGGUGGCCCGCCUAAUUAUAUUCAUUGUAAUUUUUUAAUAUGAGCCGCCUUAGGAAGAACUUUAUUCUUGAAGGAUGCUGUAGAAAUAUAUUGAAUGAAUGAAUAAAUAAAUGGAAAAGUGUGUGCGCGCACACACAUAUGUGUAAACCUCUUUGACGUCUUCAGUCUGCUUUACAAAGGAUGGAUGGCGGACUCCAACUCCUAUCAGCUCCAGCCAGCAUAGGCCAAAAGCCAGGGUUCCCCAUUCAUUGUACAAAGAUAAGGGUUGCACCCAUUGCUCUGCCCAUGCCCAUUACAGUGGUACCUCUGGUUACGAACUUAAUUCGUUCUGGAGGUCCGUUCUUAACCUGAACCUGUUCUUAACCUGAAGCACCACUUUAGCUAAUGGGGCCUCUCGCUGCUGCAGUGCAAUUUCUGUUCUCAUGCUGGAGCAAAGUUCUUAACCCAAGGUUCUACUUCCGGGUUAGUGGAGUCUGUAACCCGAAGUGUUUGUAACCCGAGGUGUUUGUAACCUGAGGUACCACUGUACUGGUAUGCCACAAGGGGAGUGUGGUCUUCUGGCAGUGAAAACCUUUCCAUGCCACUGUUUUAGAGCUUGAAAAGAUGAGGAAAAACCAUCAAAAAUAUCAGAGGGCUGAAGGAUGUUUAUUUAUCAGAAGGAUGGGCUGUCCAACUGUGACACAGAGUGCCUUGAAGAUGGUGGACUCUUCUUGGCUAGAGGUUUUUCAGCAGAGACUGUGACACACACACAUCCCCCCCCGCCCCGGUCAGGGUACUGUAGCCAGUCAUACAGAGAUACACCAUGAAGCCUCCUCAGAGGACAGAUUAUUCUUUGCAUCUUUGAGGGUGAUUUGAGUGAUUCAGGUAUACAGAUACACAAUCCUAGCAGAGGCAAGUUAAAAGGUCUGGGAAGCUGCCUUAUUGGGAAGACCAUUGGCCCACCCAGCUCAGCAUUGUCUACACUGACUGGCAGUGGCUUUCCAGGAUGUUACACGCAAAGCAGAAUCUUCACCACUGAGCUAGGGCCUUCUCCAAGAACAGUGAGUUAAACAGAGAUGCAACUGACAGCAUCCUCCAUGUGCUUGCUUUUGUGUUUCCAUGAUUUUUCAAAUCCAUUUAUUUCUUGUAGCUCAAUAGUUCUGGAAUUUCUGUCCCGUGUUAAUUGCAACUGUCCUGUUAGCCUCCAAACUCUUAUCACAGGACAUGUGUUCAUGCAAUGCUAUUUGCUACAUAUCUACAGAAAUAGUAAGUCCCAUUGAGCAUUUCAGCCUUAGACUAUUUUAUCAAUUCCUAUUACCUUCAAGUUCAUAUUUUGAUUUACACCAGCAGCUUUGGUCUGUAACCUUUUUUUUCUAGGGUUGUAUGCUUUCACCUACUAUAUUUCAAAUUGAUUUUUUUUUUUAAUCCCUUUGCCGAAGUGAAACCUUUCAAUUCAUUUCCAAAUGUGUCUUGGCGAGGACAAAUUUCAAUCUUGCCAUUUUCCUGUCGUGUUAGAAAGGGUUGUCGUUCAUUAACGUGCGAGAUGGCAUCGGCUGGGAGCUACAAGGGCAAUUAAAUAGCACAGAACGUCUUUGAUUUGCAUUUCUGGGCUGUGUAAAUGUAAGGAAGGCCGUUGCUGGAUUAUUCUCUCUCUCUCUCUCUCUCAAUGAAAAGCGCAAGUUGUUCCUUUGAUAGAUUUUUAAUAUGAUUUUAAAAGAGUUUUGUUUGGCCUCAUUCUUAGGCAAUGAGAUUAAUUUAAAGCACUUAUCCCCUGGGUUUAAGUCAAUCCAUGUAGGCCUUUGGACAGAGGGCUUCUUUUAGGGGAGGGGGGACUUUGUUUGCAAUGCCUCUGAAAGAGACUCUUUUCCCACUUUAUUAACCCCAGAGCUGGGGACAAUCCCCUCCUCCGCCCUCUCACACCCUUCUUAUACACACACACACUCACUCACAGAAAAAGAAACCCUAGGGAUUUACCAAAUUCAGCCCCUGACCUGGGCUUCUGGGCUUCCUUUCUCAUGUAAAAUCAACACCUUUCAAAAGGGAGAUGUUUGACUUAAUGAGCUGCUUCUGCUUCCUUGAUGUUUUGUGGGGGUUUUUAAAAAAACCAAAAACCAAAAAAAAACAAGAAUCCAUCAAGUAGAGCACCAGAAAACUCCAUUCUUAAAAGAAAAAAUGACAGGGGAACUUUUAAUGGUAAUCUAAGGCUGCAUAUACACCAUGUAUUUGAAACACCAUUAUACCAUUUUAAACAGGCAUUACUUUCCUACCGAAAAAACCCCUGGGAACUGUAGUUUAUUCAGGAGACCCCUUACUUCUCACACUCCUUACUUCUCACACAGCUACAGUACCCAAGAGGCAUUGGUUGUUAAACCAUUCUGGGAACUGUAGUUCUGUGGGGAAUAAGAAUCUCGUAACAACUCUCAUUUUGAGCUCCUUGGAUGAAAUCUGGGAUAGAAAUGUCAUAAUAAUAAUAACAACAAAUAAUUAUAACUAAUUAUAUAUUUCAUAUGAGAUCAGUUUUUCCAAUAUCAUUCCAAUAACAGCCUCAUUAAAACAAUGCCAGUUUUAUCCAAUUAAUACAAUUAUUAAUACUGAUUAUUUAAAUACUAAAUUAUACAGUUUAGUUAAAGUGGGGCCCCUCAUGUGUUAGAUUUGAUGGCUUCCUUCCUUAAUUAUAACUAAUUAUAAUUAGUCCAGGGGGUGGCACUGCCUGUUAGCUUCCUCCAGUCAGUCUGAGUUUCGCUGUUGCAUAACUUUGCAAGGAGGAGGAGGGUGGGCAUAAAACUUGAAUGAGUUGGCUCUGCCUGUCAUUGGCUCUGGCUUUGCCUACUGUUGGUCUCCUUGCCUUCUGCCUCACCAGUCCAAAGGGCCACCAGCCACCACCAACACUCCACAGCUGUUGCAGGCCCCAUUUUGUAUUCUUAUACAAAACAGAUAAGUCCCACGAUUGGAAUGUAAUAAUUGGUGGGAUAAGUCCCACGAUUGGAAUGUAAUAAUGGGGGGAUACAAUCUAUUUCAGAGAAACAGACCAGACAAGAAAGGAGGAGGAGUGGCGUUAUAUGUCAGGGAUGUGUAUACCUGUGAAGAGAUCUAAGAUUUAGAACCUCAAAGCCAAAAUGAGAGCAUUUGGGUCAAAAUUAAGGGAGAGAAGAAUAACAGUGACCUCAUUGUGGGAGUUUACUAUAGAUCCCCAAGCCAAACGGAGGACAUAGAUGAUGCCUUCCUGGAACAGAUUGCCAAGCAUGCAAAAGGAAGGGAGAUAGUAGUAAUGGUAGACUUCAAUUACCCGGAUAUUUGUUGGAUGUCAAACUCAGCCAAGAGCAUAAGGUCAAACAGAUUCCUCACUGGCCUUGCAGACAACUUCAUUGUCCAGAAAGUGGGAGAAGCAACAAGAGGAACAGCCAUUUUAGAUCUGGUCCUAACCAAUGUUGAUGACCUGGUUAGUGGGGUAGAAGUGGAAGGAUCAUUAGGCGCAGUGAUCAUGCUCUUCUGAAGUUUACUAUACAGCGGAAAGGAGCAGCCAAGCAUACUAGGACUCAAUUUCUUGACUUUAAGAAAGCCGACUCCAUAAAACUUAGGGAAGUGCUGGGUGAGAUCCCAUGGACAGUAAUACUAAAAGGAAAGGGAGUUCAUGAUGGCUGGGAGUUUGUUAAGAGGGAGAUAGUAAAAGCACAAUGUCAGGCAAUACCAAUGAGACGGAAACAUGGAAGGUGCCUAAAGAAGCCAGGGUGGCUAUCUAAAGAACUUUUAACUGAGUUAAGAUU